AUGGCUUUGAAUGUAGCUCCCGUAAGGGACACAAAGUGGCUGACACUAGAAGUGUGUAGACAGUUCCAGAGAGGUACUUGUUCAAGGUCUGAUGAGGAAUGCAAAUUUGCACAUCCACCUAAAAGCUGUCAGGUGGAAAAUGGACGUGUUAUUGCUUGCUUUGAUUCCCUUAAGGUAAGGAGGAUCCCAUUCAUAUUAUGAGAUUGAAGUGUUUUUAUGAUGUAGGUGGAACAGUAUUAAUUAGCCUUUGCUUUUUUCUCUAGGUGAAACAUGUAUUUUAUACUAAAUUAAUGUUUUUUGUAAUUUAGGUGUUACCCAAACAUGUUUAGCAGGGAAUCUCUUAUUAUGAAGGGGAUUUUCUUGAGCUAAAUUACUCUUAAAUUGGUCCCAUCAGAAAUAUUUUUUAAAAACGUGGUUAAAAGAUAAGUUUUAGGGGGUCAGUUACAGAAAAUAAAAAAUAUGGCUUGUGCUGUUUGCCAAACGAGUGUAUAAUGUAUGUAUUGAUGGAAGAAAAGAAAUAUCCAGACACACAUGAGGUUUCUUCUAAAAGGCUUUCUUUUUAUUUGAAAGAAGGUAGUGGAGACAACGUUUUGGCUCCUCUCUGAGCCUUUGUCAAGCCUGAUAGAAACUGCCUUUUAGAAGAAACCUCAGGUGUGUCUGGAUAUUUCUUUUCUUCCAUUUUAUGUCUUUAGGGAUUGGCCCUUCCUUUCAGGAGAAACAUAAACACAUGACAUAACAGAGAGUCAAUACAGGAAAAAAAAAAACAUAAUGAGUAAUGAAAUAAAAAAUUACAUACAAAUAAGUAGAAUAAGCGAUGAAUUGUUCCUAUUUCCACCAUAGACCGUCCUUUUUGUACAUCAUUAGAAAUAGUUACAUUAUUAUUAUUAUUAUUAUUGCCAUUUAUAUAGCGCCAGCAGAUUCCGUAGCGCUUUACAAUAUUAUGAGAGGGGGGAUUUAACUAUAAAUAGGAAAAUUACAAGAAAACGAUAGGUUGAAGAGGACCCUGCUCAAAUGAGCUUACAGUCUAUAGGAGGUGGGGUAUAAGACACGUUAGGACAGGAAAUAUCAAUCAAAUAGGGUGGGAGUGAAGCAGAGCUGGAGGAGAGGGUAGAGAGAGCAAGAGACAGGUAUGUAAGGUAGAGGUUACUCUGGGAGGCCAUAAGCUUUCCUGAAGAGAUGGGUUUUAAGGCUCUUAUUAAAUGAUUGAAGACUAGGGGAGAGUCUGAUGGCGGUAGGCAGGCUAUUCCAUAGGAAAGGAGCCACCCACGAGAGGUCCUGCAAGCUCGAGUUGGCUGUACGGGUGCAAGCAGCGGUCAGGAGGUGGUCACGGGCAGAGCGGAGGGAACGAGGAGGGGCAUACCUAUAGAUCAUUGAGGAGAUAUAAGAGGGGCUAGAAUUGUUCAGUGCUUUAAAUGUACGGGUUAGCACUUUGAAUUGACUCCUAUAGGAUACAGGGAGCCAAUGUAAGGACUGGCACAGGGUGAUGUGUGAGAAGACCGACUAGAGAGGAAAAUCAGUCUAGCUGCAGCAUUCAUUACAGACUGUAGCGGGGCAAUACGGCUUUUGGGGAGACCAAUCAGGAGAGGGUUACAGUAAUCCAUGUGGGAAAUUACUAGAGCAUAGACAAGCUCUUUGGUCGCAUCUUGCGUAAGAAAGGGGCAGAUGCGGGCUAUGUUUUUGAGUUGGAACCUACAGGAUUUGGCAACAGACUGGAUGUGAGGCUCAAAGGUGAGACCAGAGUCAAGUAUGACGCCAAGACAGCGUGCUUGCAAGUAUGGACUAUUGUGGAUAUCACUGACUUGAAGGGAGAGCGAGAGAGGAGUAUCAGUAUAAGGAGGAGGAAAGACAAGGAGUUCAGUUUUAGAGAGAUUGAGUUUCAGAAAGCGUAAUGACAUCCAGUCAGAGAUGGAAGAAAUGCAAGCAGUGACACGUGGCAGGAUGGCAGGGGAGAGGUCCGGGGAGGAGUGGUAUAUCUGAGUGUCAUCAGCGUACAGGUGGUAGUUGAAUCCAAAAGAGCAAUAAGCUUGCCAAGACAGGCAGUAUAAAGAGAAAAUAGAAGGGGACCAAGGACAGAGCCUUGGGGAUGAAGUAUGCUUGGAAAAGGAGACACUGAAUGAGCGUUGGGAGAGAUAGGAGGAAAACCAAGAGAGGACAGAGUCACAGAGACCGAGCGAUUGAAGAGUUUGAAGGAGGAGAUCAUGAUCAACGGUGUCAAAGGCAGCAGAGAGGUCAAGGAGAAUUAAUAUGCAGUAGUGACCUUUGGAUUUAGCUGCGAUUAGGGCAUUAGUGACUUUGAUGAGAGCAGUCUCAGUAGAGUGGAAAGGGCGGAAGCCAGACUGAAGAGGGUCAAGGAGAGAGUUGGAAUUGAGGAAGCGAGACACACGGGUAAAGACAAGUCUUUCCAAAAGCUUUGAUGAGAAAGGGAGCAGGGAUAUUGGACGAUAGUUAGAGAGGAAGGAUGGGUCAAGAGAUGUUUUUUUCAGGAUAGGUACUACAGUGGCAUGUUUAAGGUCAGCAGGAACAGUGCCAGAAGAGAGAGAGCAGUUAAAGAUGUGUGUUAGGGAAGGCACAAGACAAGGGGAGAGAGAUCUGAUGAGGUGGGAUGGGACAGGAUCGAGCGGGCAAGUGGUGGGGCGAGAUAAAGUUAAAAGAUAAGUUUCAGGGGGUCAGUUAGAGAAAAGAGAAAUGUAAAUUAUGAAGUCAAUCGGCAAAGCAUGAGAAACAAGAGAAUGGCUCCUCAAACCUGGCAAAUCUUAUUUAUCCAUUUUUUUAUAUUACCCUUUGUUUUGUCCAUUGAUUUAUUAAACCUCUUUCCAUUUUCAGUUGGAGUAAUACUUGCUCUUUUAUCAUAAACCAGUUGGGCACAGUAUCCUGUUUCCAAUAUCUAGCAAUUCAAAUUUUUGCUGCCACCAACAUAUGAAUAAGGAAAGUUUUUUUUCAAUUUCUAUUGAUAUUAAAGGAUCACUAAAGGGUCAGGAACACAAACAUGUAUUCCCGACCCUAUAGUGUUAAAACCACCAUCUAGCCCCCCUGGGCUCCUCAUGCCUCUAUAAAUAUAGCAACAUCUUACUGUAUUCAAGCCAGAAGCUGUAACUCUGCAUGCUGACAUCAUGAAAAGUGGUGGCCUGAUCCAAUCACAAUGCUUCCCCAUAGGAUUGGCUGAAACUGACAAGGAGGCAGAUCAGGGACAGAGUCAGCAUGAUUCAAACACAGCCCUGGCCAAUCAGCAUCUCCUCAUAGAGAUGAAUUGAAUCAAUGAAUCUCUAUGAGGAAAGUUCAGUGUCUGCAUGCAGAGGGAGGAGAGACUGGAUGUUUGGAUGCAGUUUAGGCAGCCAUGACCCAGGAAGGAUCUCUAACAGCUGUCUGAGGAGUGGCCAGUGAAGUUAUCACUAGGCUGUAAUGUAAACACUGCAUUUUCUCUGAAAAGACAGUGUUUACAGCAAAAAGCCUGAAGGUAAUGAUUCUACUCACCAGAACAAAUUCAAUAAGCUGUAGUUGUUCUGGUGACUAUAAUGUAAUGUAUAAUUAGGUCUAAAUGCAACAAAAAUAUUUCAGGUAUAAGAGGCAGCUUUCAGUAAGCAAUAUGUUGAAUCUGAUCAUGUAACUUUUUCGAAUAAAAACUGCUAUAUAUAUAUAUAUAUUAUUUCUGAGAAAGAACCCAAUGUAUUCAACACUGUGAAAGAUAUAUAAAAAAAUUUUUAAAAUGUAAUUAUAAUGAUCCAGCUAUAAUGUAAUUGGUAAUGGAAAAAAACUGUCUGUGGAAAAGCUUGCAGACUGUUGUGUACAAUGUAUAGAAAAGUCAUGAUUUAAAUUGCAAAUAAUAUGCUAUAUUGAUUGUCUUAAAAGAGAACCCUAGAUGUUUAGAUUUUGCUUGUGUAAAUUGUAACCAGAGUGAUGAAUUUGGGUCCUAUGGUUGUAUCAGACCAUUCAGGCUCUGAUUCUAAAACUGGCAUAUUGGUGUGCAGAUCUAUCAUUAAAGGAACACUCUAACAUUGUAAAUAUAUUAUAAUGCUUCUCUAUGGAAAACAUUAAGACUUCAAAUGUCAAAGAACUGUCCCUAAACUUCAGGCCUUAUCUCAGUGAAGAUAAUAUAAGCUCCGUGCAGGAGCUUCUGACUCCAGAGGAGACAGGGAUGAGUUGCUCAGGGAGAACUCAUGUACGUUGUCAAACUACUUACGCUAGGGGGCAACAGGGCAUAACCGACACCAUAACCGGUACAGCAGGCUUUAAAUUAUGUUUCACAAGUAAAGUUAUUAUAAAGAAGAAAAAAAUCUAUUUACUUCCAUAAAUAGUACACAAAAAACUACCUCUGGGGUGUGAGAUUGAUAUCUCCCGACAUCCGAGACAGGUAGUUUUUCUAUUCUUGUCAAAGCCAAACGUCAGGGCAGCCUUGGGGCGAUUGGUGUCACGCAGUGAGUGUAUCUCUGGCAGGGUCGGACUGGCUACUUUGGAAAUUUCUUUGGAUGCCGCUGUAGCUGGGGCUGCUUUUGACUGGUGGCUUAUAGGGAAAUGUGAGUAACUACAAUAGCCAGUCGCUCCACGCAAUGCAUAGGACUGAAGACCUCCUUGGUACAACAUGAUGUCAUAUCCCAGUGGCAGACACACUGUUCAUGGGAGAGCGACACAUGACAUAAAGGCAGCUGCUUUUAAUGUUUUCAAUAAUAUUUAUAUGUGUGUAGUGGAUACAGUGAGAAUAUUUGAUUAGUAAAUGCAGUGUGUGUGUGUGUGUUUGUGUAGAGGGAUUCAAUGUGUUUGUUUGUGUAGUGGGUGCAGUGUAUGUGUGUUUGUGUAGUGGAUGCAGUGUGCUUGUUUGUGUAGAGGAUGCAGUGUGGGUAGUGGAUGCAAUGCAUUUGUUUCUGUAGUGGAUGCACUCUCAAUAGCAUACAGUGUAACUUACACACUUUCACUGACAUGCACAAUGUCACAGUCACCAACACACACACAGUGUCACUUUGGCACACACACACACAGAGUGUCACUGACAUACACACAAUUUCACUUACACACACACAUUCUUUCAGUGACAUUCACAGUGCCACUUCACACUUUCACUAACACACAAACACUCACUGACACACACAAUGUUACUUACACACUCUCACUGACAUACACAAUGUCAUUUACACAGUCACUAACAAACACAGUGUCACUUACACACUCUCACUCACGCAAACACACACACACCCUCUCAGUGACAUUCACAGUGCCACUUACACACUCUCACUAAUACACACACACUGUCACUCAAGCAUAAACUCACACCACUUUACAUAUAGUCACAAUUUAUUUACACACACAAACACAGCAAUUCAAUACACACAGACCAAUUUACUAUUAUAUACUCAUACUCAUGAUCAGUUCCUCUUACUUUCAGAUGGACAGAUAUGUGCUGUGAAUGAAAGAGAGAGGUUCAACAUGCAACAUGCUGCUGUUCCUGGUGGGGGGAGCAGGAGAGCAAUGCACUGUGAGCACAGGCUACUUCCUGUUCCCCUCAGAGUGCUUCCGGUGUCUACAGGCAGGGGGCAGCCGGGAUACCAGUUGAUGUCCUGUGUUCCACUGCCUGCAGGAAGCUGAGUGCUCUGCUCGGGUGUUGGGUUACAGCAUACCCCACUCCCGAGCAGGCAAGCGGCAGCAGAGGGAGCCCAGCAGCUAAAUGGCUGCACUGGGGGUUAGCUAAGGAGCCGCUCGCCCAGCACAGCAUCCCCAGACAGCAGCAGGGCAGCCCACCAGGAAAGGCAAAAAAAAAACUAGCUGCUUUGUUAUUUAUAUGUCCUCCUCAAAAAACUACAUUUAGUCUUGGAAACAAAAAAAAUGUCUUACUAACAUGAACUGUAGAAGUAAACCCUGUUCACUCGUUCUACACUUUGCAAUAUAUGCAAAUAUAUUUAAUCAGUUACUCAGGUCACAGGUUAGAGAAAGAAAGUGCUACCCUAGGUCAUGACUCUGAAAGAUUUGCAUUAAAGACAUUAAAAAUAGGUGUUUUAGUGCCUCUAUUAAACAGAAGGCCAGCUGUGAUUAGAACCCUCUCCAUUCCCACCCAGUAACUGUGGAAUUCAGGAACUAAAGUGACUACAAGACCACCAUAUAUCAUGUGGCCAGAUGGAGAGGGAAUUAGAAAUAGUUGGAAUAUUGGAAUAUGUUUUAUUAUAGAACAUGAAUGCAUGAAAAGUGGAUCCCAGAGCAUUGUGGUAUAUUUGGUGUGGAAGUGCGGCUUACAGCCUUUCUGAGUAUUGACACUCUUGUUUAUAGAUUCUCUAAAGUUUUUAAGACUGUGUUGCUUCCCUUCUGCUAUAACUAACAAAAGUUCAACAUAGGCGUGCGCAGCCUAUUGCAUUAGGGUGUGCACCCUAAAGCACAAACACACGCUGCGUGUAUGUAUAUAAAUAUACAUAUACACACACACACACAUACAUACAUACACUGCUGUGUGUGUGUGUGUGUGUGUGUGUGUGUGUGUGCUGCGUGAGGGUGGUUUGAGGGUGUUGUGUGUGUGUAAGGGUGCUGUGUGUGAGGGUGCUGUUAGUGUGAUGUGUGUGUGAGGGUCCUGUUAGUGUGCUGUGUGUGUGAGGGUACUGUGUGUGUGUUUGUGAGGGUGCUGUUUCUGUGCUGUGUGUGAGAGGGUGCUGUGUGUGUGAGAGGGUGCUGUGUGUGUGUGAGGGCGCUGUGUGUGUGGGUGCUGUGUGUGUGUGUGGGUGCUGUAUGUGUGAAGGUGCUGUAUGUAUGUGAGGUGUGUGAAGGUGCUGUAUGUGUGUGUGUGCUGUAUGUGUGUGAGGGUGCUGUAUGUCUGUGGGUUCUGUACGUGUGUGUGUGUGUGUGUGUGUGCUGUAUGUGGGUGCUGUAUGUGUGUGCUGUGUGUGUGGGUGCUGUAUAUGUGUGCUGUGUGUGUGCGCUGUAUGUGUGUGAGUGCUGUAUGUGUGAAGGUGCUGUAUGUGUGUGCUGUGUGUGUGUGUGCGUGCGGUGUAUAUGUGUGUGUGUGCUGUAUGUGUGUGUGUGCUGUAUGUGUGUGUGUAGGUGCUGUAUUUGUGUGUGCUGUGUGUGUGUAUGGGAACUGUGUGCUGUAUGUGUGUGUGUGCAGGGUGUGGAGGUGGUGGUACAUUACUUAAUAUAUCCCCUCCCUUCUUACCUUAUGUAGGGAGGGGGGAUUCUUGUUCCUGCUGCUUUCCCUGGUGGUCCAGUGGAGAGUGAACUCUCGCGAGAUCUGAGCGUUGCCGCGGCUGAGCUUCCCGGGUCCUCUCCUGCCUCCCUCCAUGCUGCAGUGGGGAGGGAGGCUUAGAGCAGAGUGGGCGCUCGGAUAGCGCCGGCUCUGCAUGAGCCGACAGGGGAGAUCCUGAGAUCUCCCUUUGCCGGUCUCACUCCAUAGGCGUGCUGCGGGGAUUAGGGUGUGCCCAGGCACACCCGGCACACCCUGUGCGCACGCCUAUGGUCAAAUAACAUAAGUGUAAAAGGAAGUUUUCUUUCAUUACCGUACCUUCCUUUCACCUUCAUUUGCUUAUUACACACCUUGUAAUAUCUUCCAAAACGCUUUAACCCCUUAAGGACCAAACUUCUGGAAUAAAAUGGAAUCAUGACAUGCCACACAUGUCAUGUGUCCUUAAGGGGUUAAACUGCAAAAUAUGACUGACAAGGGUUUAUUUAUUAUAUAAUGAAUUUUUGUGAAUUGAAAAUCAACAGGAUAUUCACUAAACACCAGAUUUUUUUCCUGGUUGGAAAAAAUCAAGUGUAAAUUACCAAAUUCUAACUGCAAUAACAAUUCUCUUAUUUACUAAAGCCAAAUUAGGUUGGAAUUCAGGCCGACCAAAGCUGCAGCUAUUUCCUGGAUGCAUUCCUUGCCCAGAUUAAAAUUUGUGUUUUUAUAUCCCAACCUUAUACAAAAUAUAGGAUUUAAAAUAAUCAUAAAGCAUGGAUAUUAUUAGAAUUCCGAACCUAAUGCAAACGGCAGGAUACACAUUCGGAAAGUCGUAUGUGUAUGUGUGCAUGUGCGCAAGUACAGCCCUGAGGUGUAUGGGGGAUCCUGCAGGAUCCUCCAUAGAGAUAGCUUUUCCUAACAGCCGUCCCUACUUUCAAUCAGAUAUACACCCACCUGCCACAUGGAAAUAACAGGGUUUUAUUGACUCCUGCAGGGUUUGUAUUUUUUUUAUAUGGUUAGCAUGCACCAGCCAGCCACCACAUAAGUAACCCUCGUCACCCCCAAGGGUUUAUAACUAUUUGCCUACUAGCUGCUAGCACUACCAGUGGGAAAACAGUUAUUUUUUUUUUUUUUUUUUAAACUGGGCUCGGAUUUGAAGCAUUCAGGUCUGUAUUUGAACUGGAUUUUGCUGUCCAAAUGGCACCGUAUGUAGUUUUGCCACAUUCAGUAUGGGGUCACUCGGACAAAUUACAAAUUAUAGGUUUCAUUUGAAAAAUCCUCCAACAGAUCGUCUGUUAUUAAAGCUAUUAUUACAAAUCUUCCACCAGACCUAUGUGUCACUUUUCUUAACGUUCCCUAUAGCACCAAUGGCAGUUGCUGUUUUGGCCUGAUAUCCCUAAUUUGUCUGAAAAAAGAACAUUUGUUCUGGUUCUGUUGCUGUACAAGAAAAGCGUGGUUAAUUUCCACAGUGAUAACUUGACUGCAUUUACACUGAGAUAUUCCCUAUGAACACUUGAACAAGUUGACUGUUGUCUCAUUAUCAAUUCUAUUCCUGGAAGGGUAAAAACAGCUGUUAUGGAUAGUUAAGUGCUGAGACAAUUACUUGUAACCCAAGAAGGUGUAAGCAUGUGUUCAUCAUUUGGUACAUGUGCAUAUAAAUUGUGUAAUAUAGAUUGUGUCACUUUCAAACAGCACCCAAUAUGUCACAGACCAGCUCCGAGUAUUUAGUACAAUACUACUUUAAUUACAAGUUGGGUUUCAAUAGCUUCAUCUGCAGUUGUUAUGUUCACCUUCCAGACAGAGAUAAUAUAUUAAUAAUAAAAAAUAAUAUAUAUAGCUCCAAUCAGCAAUCAAGGUGUCCAAGCAUGGGAGCAUGGACACAGCCAAUAUUGCAGAUUUGUAACAUAUGCGGUUCUGGAGAAAAUCAUUUUUUCUUUACUACUUCACAAAAUAAAUUGUGCAAAAAAAUUCCUUUUGGACCAUGUGACUACUGUAGGUGGUCAAACAAAAAAACAUGGACAAAGCACAUAGCAUAUGUUUAAUCUGUGUCAUAGUCUAGUAGUGAAAUGCAGAUUUAAGCAAUUUUAUAAAAUGGAGGCAAAAUAAUAAAAUGGUACCUGACCAUAUGAACUAUGGGCCAAUUACGAGAUCGUGGACAAAGCACAUGCACAGAAUAAUAUUACACAAUCCAUUAAGGCCAUUGUUUGCCCAAAUUACUUCUCUUGAAUGACUAUCAGGGUUAUUCACAAGUGAGAAUUCAAAGUAAAUUUCACAUGUAAGGUCAAAAUAGAUGAACAGGAUAAAUUAUCUAUGUCACCUAUGCUUUCAGUUUGGUUACUCUGGCCUUAAAUUUAAAAUUCACUUAGAAUUUUCACUUUAGUUAAUAGCUCUGUGUGAAGCAAAAUAAAACAUAAUGACAUGCCAUUCAGUUAACCCUGAUCAGGUCUAGGUUUUCCUUCCUGUACCAUGGCAAAAAAACAUUGAUGUGCUUAGUAGCAGACUGGUCUUAUCCACAUGGGAAAUUCAGAUCUUUGCUCGAGAGAUAUAGCAACCACAAGCAAUGGUUUUGGCUUCCUAUGGACCUUAUCAGUGAGGCAGUGGCGGAUCCAGGAGCUAAUCUCAGGAGGGGCACUGGCAGAUCAUUUUAAGAAACAAGAAAAUGCCUGUAGUGGUUUUGGUGCCAGGAGUUGCUGUGGUGCCCUCCCAGAGUAAGUAGUUAAACUGUUUAAAAAAAUAUUUGAUAACUUACCCGGGGUCUGCCGGGAUACGGGCUGUAGUGUGUAUGUGGGUGAUGGGUGCAGUGUGUGGGAGGGUCGCAUUAUGUGUAUGGAGGGGUAGUGCGUGUGUGAGAGGGGUGCAGUGUAUGUAUGGAGUAGCAAUUUGUAUAUUGGGAUCAGUGUGCUUGUGUGUAAAGGGUGCAGUGUGUGUAUUGGGAGCAGUGUGUUUGUGUGUGAGUGGCGCAGUGUGUUUUUGUAUGGGGGGCAGUGUGUGUAUAUGGUGGGGCUGUCUAUAAGGUGGCAGUGGGUGUAUUGGCAGCUAUGUGUGUUUAUGGGUGGCAGUGUGUGUGUAAGGGGGACAGUGGGUGUAUUGGGGGCUAUGUGUGUUUAUGGGUGGCAGUGUGUGUAAGGGGGGGCUUUGUGUGUAAGGGGGGCUGUGUGUGUAAGGGGGGGCUAUAUAUUUGUUUGUGGUGCAGUGUGUAGGGGGUUAUAGUUUGUGUGAGGGGAUAGGGGGACAGAUUAAGCCCUUAAGGACCAAACUUCUGGAAUAAAAGGGAAUCAUGACAUGUCACACAUGUCAUGUGUCCUUAAGGGGUUAAAGAGAAUUUUUUUUUUUAUUAUUAAAUAAUAACUAAAUAAAUAUAGCUAAUGUCCCCCCUCCCUUCUUACCUUUGCUGAGGGAGGGGGAGACAUUGCUUUUGUUGCAUCCCUGGUGGUUCUAGUGGUGAGAGUGAACUCUAACCUGCAGCUCAGGGUAGAGUUCACUCUCGUGAGAAUGGAGCGUUGCCAUACUAACCGCAGCAACGCUCCAUGCUCGCUAGAGGAGAACCCGGCGGAGAUGCAGGUAAGAGCUCCCCCGGGUUCUCUCGACCUCCCCUGCCGGCUGUCCUGCAAUGUGCCUGUGGGCCGGGAAGGGAGAUCACUGAUCUCCCCUCUGGUCCUUGAAGGCCAACAUCAGGGCUGAUGCUUGGAUAGUGCCAGCCCUGCAUGGGUCGGCAGGGGAGAGCCUCGGCCAGCACUAUUUUAUUGUGGGGGGAAGGGAGGGGGUACAAUUGCCCCGUUGCCUCCCCUGGAUCCGCCACUGCAGUGAGGUGCAGCUUAUAACCCUCAAGGUACAGUGAGCAUCGGGUAUAUGUUUUGGGGAGUGGAGGCGAAACAAAAACAAAUUAAUGAUAUGAGAUACACUGAGAAUAGAUUACCUUUAUGUGAGUCCCUGCUCAGAUCUUAAAAGAUUUUGCUCACAUGUGCCAUUACAGAGAGAACCUAGGCCUGUUGCAUGUGUGAGUUUGAAUCUAAAUCAUAAUGUUAUUUCACACAACAUGUAACAUAAACAAUUAUGACAUUUGAAUAUUUAGCAAAAUCAAUUACCAAGAUGGAUGACACAGCACAUUUUGCAAUAAGGAAGUGUAAACAUUAGAUGACUCUUUACAGGAAGUUACAUGACUCUUUAGGAAAGCUGUGUAAGUCACAUGCAGAGGGGUGUGCAUAGGGCUGCAUAAACAAAGUGAGUUAACUCCUAAAUUGCAGUAAAUUGAUCAGUGAAACUUUAGAGGCAUGAUCUAUACACAAAAAAAGCUUUGUUAAGCUAAAGUUGUUUUUGGUGACCAGAGUGGCCCUUUAAGGAAUUUUGUUAUUUUCCAAGUUCUGUGUGGGAUUUUAACUGUGACUGCCAUACAUAAUAAUACUGUUAGCUUUUACUGCAAAAACACAGAAAACACAUUUGUAUGCAGUGAUGUCCCCCGAGUACAACGAUGACCCCCAUGUACAGGCUUUAUGGUGUUUUGGAAAGUUACAGGUUCAAAUAUAUGGCUUGCCCUUUCAGUUAUUACACAUUGAAAUUUGCCAGGUUGGUUUGCUGGGCCUAUAUUGGUAGCCGAGGAAUGAAAAUUACCCCAUCUUGGCAUACCAUUUGCAAAAGUAGACAACCUGAGCUAUUCAAAAUGGGGUAUGUCCAGUCGUUUUUAGUAGCCAUUUAGUCACAAAUCCUGGUCAAGUUUAGUGUUCAUAUUGUUUUUUUUGCAAUUUGUACACAAAAACUGCAUUUUCACUGAUUAUAUCAUCAUUGUCAUAUGUUUUACUGGUAUUAGUUGUGUUCAGCGAGGUACAGGGUUUAUGGGGUUUUGGAAAGUUACAGGGUCAAAUAUAGGGCUUACCCAUUUCAGUCUUCAUACCUGGAAAUUUGACUAACUGAUUUUCUAGGCCUAUUUUUCACGCACAUACAUUCCAUUUUCACAGGACAUUUCAUAAUCCUGUGUGUUAAUGUAAUAAAACCUCAGUAUUUUUUACUUAGCACUGUUUCACCAACAGUUCUCCCAAUAUACCAGUUUUCCAGGUUUUUUUUGGAGAAGACACAGGGCCAAAUAUAUUAGAUGCCAUUUUCAACUUGUAAAGUUAUUUUCUGGCCUAUGUCACCUUUGAGAGAACAUGGCGCCCUAAGAAAUAAAAUUGCCCCAAUGAUGCCAUACCAAGUAUUCUAAAUGUAUUAUUUUGAGUUGCUUGGUAUAGCCACAUGUAUUCCUGACGCUAUAGCAUUAAAACCACCAUUUAGGUGACUUGCCCCUUAGAAAGGGUUCAAAUUCACUUUAUUUCCAGGUGAAAAGUGAAAGUUUUCUAAAACAAAAAAACUCAUAGAUGAAGAUAAUAAAGUUCAUACAGGUUAUGAGUGUGUACUGUCACCACUUACUGAAAGUUUAUUUAAUGCUACCUUUUAUUUGUUUUACAUAUCAAAUAUAAAAUAAUAUAUUUAUAGGAAUUUAUAUUGCUUGCCGUUUUAGACUUUCUUAGCUAUACUUAAAGAAACACUCCAACCCCUAUAACAAAUGUAGCUUAUUGAAGUUGUUAUGAGUGCAGAAGUGUCUGGGUAUCUUACUUUCAGGGUCUAUAGCUAUGUGGGCUCUGGCGACUGCAGAAUGAGGAGCGUUUAGCUAGGUGGCCAUUGGUAGACUAAAGUUGUCAGCUGACGCAACCUAUUAUUGGCUUCCCAACGAGUACUAUUGGGCUAUUUUCAUAACAUGGAUGUUUUGACCUACAUUUUGCAACGCUAUGGUUUAUUAGAAUAUAUACCUUUUUCAACACAUUUUGAAGUAUUAUCUCCCCAUUUAUUUUAGUAAGGGGUCACAAAUCCAGAUCGGGCAUUGCAAGGAAACCUACUACUUCCUGCAACCUGGCCUGAGGGAUUUGACAUGCUAUUAAAAUGGCCUAUGGAUAUACUGUACCAUGUAUACUGUACCAUAACCAUGCCUCACAACAUCCCGUUGUUUUCAGGGCAGUCAAGAUUUUGGGGACCUGAUCUACUGUCCCAACUUUGUUGCUGUUGUCCCAUUUUUAGGAACGUUUUACAAAAAGUUUAGCAUAUCACGCUCACACUGCAUUCAGGGUAUUAGGAUCCUGCAGAAAGCACAGAGAUGGCCUGAUCUAAGUGGGCUGGCCUGCUUGAUUGGCAGAGAAGUGCAUGGGCCAUCCUACUUUGAGUACAUGCACCGGAGUCUCUCUUCUCAGAAUGCCAAUAUUAGGGGGCUUGCAUAAAGCUACUAAGACCACCUUUACCAAAUUUACAUUUGAGGGAAAAGAGAACUUUUAACUGGUUAAUUCUGGGUUUCAAUGCCCCUUGCACUGUAGAAUUGCCCCAUUGCCAAGGUUACAGGGACAGAGGGCAAAUGUUUUAUUUAUUUAUUUAUAUAUGUAUGAGCUUCCCGGUAAUGGCUGAAGGCUUUUUAACUUUUCAUAUUAAUAAAAUUAUUCAAAUUAAAUCAAGUCAUCUUUUUUACUUGCCCUACCUGAUUUAAUCGGAUCAUUUUGUUUCAGUUGGAGAAAGACACAUUGCAGGUAACCUGUAUACAAGUAUAUAGUGGACUUUGAGGAUUUUCCUCCAGUCAGCUGUGUCACACAAAAAUUUGUGAAAAAGUUGUUUGCUUCUCAACCUUUUGUGAAUUAUGAUCAGUCAGUCCAGAAAUGGCAAGCAGGUAGUUGGACGGCCCUAAUUUAAUGCGCAAACACAUUAUAGCCAAAAGUUCAGAGAUAGUUCAGAGUUCAAGAAAUACUACUAGAUGCAACUAAUAAUAUGGGAUUUGCCCAUGUACAUCAUUGUUGUUAAAUUCUCCAUAAACAGGAUCAUUUUUCUAAAGCAGUUCCCCUGUUACCCUGCAUUAAGUAUGCCAGCAGAGAGUGCAUGUAGAAUGUGUUUAAUAAGCUGAGGGGUUUAUUAAUAGGUUUUAAUUGAGACUAUUCUUUCUAAUUAGUUAUUAACCUUUAAAUCCUCGUUACACCAGGGGAUAUAAUUCAAUCCAUGUACUCUGAGCCGCUGGGUGUUUUGUUUCUAUUUCCUUCAGUGCAUAAGCUUUUUUGAUUAAAAUCAACUUUUUAUUAUUUAUUAUUUUUAUUUUCUGACAUUUUAACAGCCCUCCUAGAUCUUAUAAAUUGCCAAACAGCUGGCAACAAGCCAAUUCUGUAUUUUACUUGGUCAUUUAUUGUAAUUAAACUGUAAGUGAUCUUAUUUUAUUGAAAAAUGAAUACAUUGCAUGAGAUUUAACUGGCCUGUUUGUGAUGAUUAGUGUAAUGCCCGAGAUAUUAAUGACAGAUGUCUUGUUUAUUGGAUUGGCUUAAAAUAUGGACUAUAACCUAUUGACGUUACUCAUCAUUAGUGACGUGGGUCACCAGUUUCAGAUUACAUUGUUAUAAGAUUAAUGAAAAAUAGCCUUGAUGAUUAACAUUUGUUUGAAUAUAUUAUUAUGCCAGUGAGAAAGCUCAAUAGUUAGAGUUCCGGCUGCAGUAUCUGCAUAUCUGAGAAUGAUCAGGAAUACCUCACAUUGGAACUCACAUGUGUACAGUAUCUGCAUAUCUGAGAAUGAUCAGGAAUACCUCACAUUGGAACUCACAUGUGUACUGUAUAAUUUCACUUGUAAAUUUAAAGCCCUGUAAGUGCCCUCUUACUUGAUAUAUAUAAUAUAGAGAGAAGAGUAACAGUGAACCUUAUUGGAAAAUCAUGCCAGUAAGCCUCUCUGGACCAUCAUAAAAAAAAAAAAAAAAAUACAAGACCAAAGUCCCUCGUUAAUAACUGCCUCCAGAAUUCCAAGAUGGCAUUAUUUUUACCUAAUACAUGCUUCACAGUUUUGUUUGUUUUAUAUCACAUAUGUUAUUGUAUGUUAUGGAUUAAGAGAGUGGUAGUAUCAAAGUAGUAUAGGGGUUAAUGUUUAGUGUUAGUCUAGUGGUUAAUGUGUAUUUUUGGAGUUUAUGAUUAGUAUUAGUGGAGUAUAAUGGUUAGUGUGUAGAGUGGGGGUUAAUAUUUAGGGUUAGUGAAGUGCAGUUAAGGCAGCACUUACACAUACACUUCCUAGUGCUGACUGAUGUUAGUCCUGGGCAGCAGCUAUCUUAGCUGACUUUAUUAAAAUGGCAGCAGGUACCACUCGGGAAUGCAAAUUUUACUAAUUUCGGUUAUAUAUACAAUUAAUUUCUGUUGAAUUAUUGAUGACAAUCCUAAUACAUCAUAUUUAAUUAAAAAAUAAAUCAUAAGAAAAAGAUAAUCUCUGCAUAAAAUAAAAUAAAAGAUCAACAAAAUCUUUUUAAAGGAUCAAUAUAAUGUCAGGAAUACAAACCUAUUUUCUAUAGGGAAAUUAUAGUCACCAGAACAACUACAGACGGCUUAUUGAACUUGUUCUGGUGAAUAGAAUCAUUACCUUCAGGCUUUUUGCUGUAAACACUGUCUUUUCAGAGAAAAUGCAGUGUUUACAUUACAGCCUAGUGAUAACUUGACUGGCCACUCCUAAGAUGUCUGUUAGAGAUCCUUCCUGGGUCAUGGCUGCCUAAAAUGCAUCCAAACAUUCAGUAUCUCCUCCCUCUGCAUGCAGACACUGAACUUUCCUCAUAGAUAUGCUUUGAUUCAAUUCAUUUCUAUGAGGAGAUGCUGAUUGGCCAAGGCUGUGUUUGAAUUGUGCUGGCUCUGCCCCUGAUUUGUCUCUUUGUCAGUCUCAGCCAAUCCUAUGGGGAAGCAUUGUGAUUGGAUCAGGCUACCACUUCUGCUGAUGGCAGUGGGCAGGUCUAAAGGAAACAGGGACAAAGUAAGCAGCUGCAAACUUGAAUACAAGUAAGAUUUUACUAUAUUUAGGGAGGCAUGAGAGGAACAGGGGGCUAGAUGGUGGUUUUAACCCUAUAGGGUCAGGAAUACAUGUUUGUGUUCCUGACCCCAUAGUGCUCCUUUAACUCUGUAGUGCUGGAAUAGAUGUUUAGGUGACCACUACUCCCCCCUCUGUGGAAUUUAGGGUGGUAACACUUACCUUUUCUCCGUCGCCAUGCUGAUCUCGCUAAGGUUCACCCCACCUCCAUAGUGGAGAUCAUCAAUCUUGAUAAUCUUAGCCAAUCUAAUGCUUUCCAAUAGGAAAGCAUAGGAAGGCUAUUGCACAUGUGUGGCAAACGGCCGUGCUGCACCAAUCAGCGUUUCCUAAUAGAGAUGCAUGGAAUCAAUGCAUCUCUAUGGGGAACGUUCAUCGUGUCCAUGCAGAGUGUGGAGACGCUGAAUAUAGGAGUGACUGUCACUAGAGGUGUUACUAAGCAGCAAUGGAAACACAACCUUUUCUCUGAAACAGCAGGGUUUACAUUGAAAAUCCUGUAGGAACAUGCUAUAGACACCAGAACCACUACAUUAAAGGGACACUAUAGUCACCUGAACAACUUUAGCUUAAUGAAGCAGUUUUGGUGUAGCCUCACUGCUCAAUCCUCUGCCAUUUAGGAGUUAAAUCCCUUUGUUUAUGAACCCUAGUCACACCUCCCUGCAUGUGACUUGCACAGCCUUUCAUAAACACUUCCUGUAAAGCGAGCCCUAUUUAGGCUUUCUUUAUUGCAAGUUCUGUUUAAUUAAGAUUUUCUUAUCCCCUGCUAUGUUAAUAGCUUGCUAGACCCUGCAAGAGCCUCCUGUAUGUGAUUAAAGUUCAAUUUAGAGAUUGAGAUACAAUUAUUUAAGGUAAAUUACAUCUGUUUGAAAGUGAAACCAGUUUUUUUUUUUCCAUGCAGGCUCUAUCAAUCAUAGCCAGGGGAGGUGUGGCUAGGGCUGCAUAAACAGAAACAAAGUGAUUUAACUCCUAAAUGACAGUGAAUUGAGAAGUGAAAUUGCAGGGGAAUGAUCUAUACGCUAAAACUGCUUUAUUUAGCUAAAGUAAUUUAGGUGACUAUAGUGUUCCUUUAAGCUGUAGUGGUUAUGGGGACUGUAGUGUCCCUUUAACUAUUUUGGGUAGAAAAGUAAAGUGCUAUAACUGAUAAAUGAUUAUGGUGCUUUGAGCGUCUUUUUAACACCUCUACUGUUAAGAACAUUGGGAUGUCAACAUCUAGAUUUUGAUAAUUUUAAAACUAAACCGAAAAAAAAAUAACCAAAGAGUGUGAUUGCUCUGCUGGAUAUAGCACUGUAUGUAACACAUUUUAUAAAUAAACUAGUAUAUUUUUCCAUUAUUAAGAUAGCAGUUGAAUGUAAUAGUGCAUUCAUGCAGUAAUCCUGAAACAUGCAUACGUGUGCUCACCUUCAGACAAGCAUGCAUUCACACAAAUACAUUUAUGUACAAACACACUCACUUAUAUACCUAUAUGCUUCAUACAUGCAUGCUUAUAAUUCAAGCAUCGGAUCUGGAAGUAUCAUCUUCCUCAUUAUGUAUUUAAUAUAUUUGUACAUGUAGGUGAGAUUUGGCCAGGCAGAACAGCCAAAUUAACAAACGCACUUACAAUAUUUAUUUUUAAGACUUUCAGGGUUAUUCACUAAAUUUUCAAUGCCCGCAGUCCAAAUUAUCAAAAAUAAAUAAGUACCGUAUGAGGGUAUUUUGACGGUACAAUCUGGACAUUGUGAUCAUGAUUCAUGUCAAGAGUUUGCAAUACAGCAAAUACACUAUAUGGACAAAAGUAUUGGGACACCUGAUUAUAACACCAAUAGGGACUUUUAUUCUUAAUACAUAGACAAUAAUAUUUAGUUAGUCACCCCAUUGCAGAUAUAAUACCUUCAAUUCUUCUGGGAAGGCUUUUCACAAGAUUUUUAAAGGACCACUAUAGGCACCCAGACCACUUCAGCUUAAUGAAGUGGUCUGGGUGCCAGGUCCAGCUAGGUUUAACCCUUUUUGCAGUGGGUUAAUACAGCCUCUAGUGGCUGUCUCAUUGACAGCCGCUAGAGGCUCUUCUCACUGUGAUUUUCACAGUGAGAAGAUGCCAGCGUGUGAAUGCUUUCCUAUGGACUGGCUGAAUGCGCACGCAGCUCAUGCUGCGCAUGCGCAUUCAGCCAGGGACGUCAGAAGAGGGAGGAAAGUCCCAACGCCGAGCUGGAAAAAAGUAAGGGAUUAACCCCUUUCUCCCCCUUCAGCGCCAUGGGAGUGGGACCCUGAGGGUGGGGGCACCCUCAGGGCACUAUAGUGCCAGGAAAACGAGUAUGUUUUCCUGGCACUAUAGUGGUCCUUUAAGUGUUUCUGUGUUAAUUUUUGCCCAUUCAUCACAAUCUCCAUUCCAGUUCAUCCCAAAGGUGUCCGAGGGGGUUGAGGUCAGGACUCUCUGCGGGCUAGUCACAUUUUUCCACACCAAAGUCAUGAAACCAAGUCUUUGUGGACCUUGUUUUGUGCACUGGGGCACAGUCAUGUUAGAUUAGAAAAGGGCUCAAAAAAUUAUCAAUAGCAGCAUAUAAAUAGCAAAGUGGGAAAAAAAGAUUAACUCCAUAGAGGAAUCCAACAUACCUCAGUAAAUUAAACAUAUUUAUUCAAGUUAUUACAUUCAUCUUAUUUAUUAAUAUAUUUUCUGAUUUAAUUAUUGCUUACAAACACUGCUGAUAUUGGUGGAGUGUGCAAAUAUGAAUUGGAAAGGUGUUUUGAAUGAAAUAAAUCAUAUGGAGCAAUGGAAGUGAAUAGUAGAGAAGGCAGACACAAGGAUGGGUUUAGUGAAUAAAAAUAUAGUAAGGAGAAUAUGGUUCUGGUGUGGAAAUAUGAGAGAGUGCUCUGUAGUUAUAGAAAUGAAAAUCAGCCGGUUUGAAGGCAGGAUUAGUGAUAAAAUCGUAUAGAUACUGUGAUACUUAGACAAAGCAGAAGGUUGAAGAAAAGAGCUGGAGGAAUGAGGAUUUUAUACUCUAUUCACAAAAAAGGGGGAUGGGGGCAUUUAAAAAUGACAAUAACUUCCCGGUGCAGUUUUCCACCAUCAGGAAUUUUUAGCCAUUGUAAAAAUCCAAGAUAUCUCCUGCCUGGAGAGAGUUUUGUCCCCGUUUCUCAUUCAGACAUCAUUUUUAGUCCUAUCAUAGCUUGCAUCUGGAUUAAAUUAAAAGAUUUAAAAUGUCUUCUCAUUGUAUAAGAGGAAGUUACACACCAAUACUUAAUUGUUUAGUUUUUAGACAUCAAUCCACUGUUGUUAUAUUCACUUACUAUAUAUAUAUAUAUUUAUUUAUUUUUAAUUUAAUUUUUUUUGCAAUUCUCAGUUUCAUUUGUAUUUUAUUUGUUGUAGCUAGGAUUUAAUUGUAUCCCAGUAUUUAGAUUUAGACAUCAUCUAACCGUCUUCAUUCUUCACAUGAAUAAAAACAAGAUAAUUGACACUUUCUGCCUCUUUAUCCCGCCUAUGUGCGUCUCUCCAAUUUCUUACAUAUACCACUUUCAUUCAUUUAACUCUUCGUGUUGAAUAUGUAUUUAACAUAACACCACCUUAUUCAUGAUUAAUCAGUGCUGUGAUGUCUGUUUGUCUACUGCGCUCAGCUGCCAAUCAGGUGGCUGAACAGACAAGCACAGCAUUGCUGAAGGUUAAGUAUAUAUAAACCAAAGACCAGACACAAUGCAGUAGAUUUUGAGAGACGAACACAGGCUUAUAUUCAAUGCCCUUCUACACUUAACAGCUUUCCCAUUAUCUGUGCCUGUAAAAGCAAUGUAUCAAAACAUCCAAGUAGCAAACCUGUGGGAAUGUAUCAGAUUUAUUGAAGAAAGUGCAUAUAACUUUCAUUGGGAUUCAUUUCAUUUGAUAAAUCUAGUGCUCUAUGUGUGCUGUGGUGUUGAAGGCAGAUAACUAUGAUAAAUGGCUGUAUUGAAACGGCUGUGUAAAUGCAGACAGUGAGGCUUCAAUCCAUUGGUAUGGUUCUUGCUUGAAGCAUCAUACGAAAACCUGUAUCGUCUUCCAGGUGUAAGGCUAAUUAUCGCUGUAAAUACUGCUAUAACUUCAUCCAUAGCUAUACCCAGCUGUUGAUGUGAGAAGGUCUUACAAUUAUACUAGUGAAGUAUGUCGUCAUUGGGGCACUCUAAGCAACACUAUAGCAAGCCUGAACCAACUCACAGUUUAAUGUCAAACAAUAUGGGAACAGGUUGACAUAAUUAAGUAUAAAGCGCUUACCGGACAAAUAAAAAACUGUUUAGUGCAUAAGUCCUCAUUUAAAGACUGGCGAAAGUCACAACAAACCCUGGCAAAUUCAGUAAAUACUAAAACUUAAUUUACCACAACAGUGGGACAUGGGUGCAGUUAAACAGAACAGAGGGGCGAUAUUCUUUAAAAAGAAAAAAUAUUUAAAGAAACACUUCAAGCACCACAACCACCAUAGCACACUGCCGUGGUUAUAGUGUGAGAAGUGCCCUGACUUUAUCUGGCUGGCAACAUUUAGAAUUUCACACUUCAGUAACAGUGUUCUGAUACAUUCAUAUGUUAACCUGUUAUUGGUAGUUUCAAAGGGAAAAUGAGCAGCAUGGUUUAAGGUAGUAAAUACUUGCUUGCCAUGGAACUGUUUAUUAUUUAAAGGUUACCAAAUAAUUGUAAGCGGAGAGCAUUAGACAGGAAUGCAUGCUCUCCUCCUUAUGGCCAGAUCAGAUAUAAAGCUGACUCGGGGAUAUUUGCUCAGAAGGAUAAAGAAGCCUAGACUGCCCAUGAGCAGCUUAGCUAUCUGAUAUGUGGAGAGCUGUUAAUAUUCUGAAAUAAAGCCCAAGAUGCCAUCUGUCAGGAGGUAGUACUGUCCAGCAAAGGCUUUCAUGAUAUGACAUGGCAAAAUGUAAAAUAAAGGCAGUCGUCUCAUUGAGUAACUCAAAUAUGAGCUAUUGCUCUCUAAUAUAUAAUAUUAAUUAAAGUGUGCACAGAUUUACAAACAUGAACUCUGUGAUGUGCCCAGCAUCGCACAGUGCAAUAAAUGGAACACGUGUAGCGCUUGGUGUUUAAUUAAAAUAUAGUAGCAUUAUGUCUGUGUGUGCAGACCCAAUAUACAUUGUAGGCGUAUGAGAGUUUGUGAUAAUAAAAUGUAUGGCUAAAUUGCACAGGCCACUAUCACAAUACAAUAGGUCUGUAAAAUUAUUGCACAUUACCUCCGUUGUUUCCAUUCGAAGAACCUAGUGGAGUAGUUUAACAUCCUGGACAAAUAUUAAGGGUUUUUGCUGAUUACCUCUACCUUACUGGAUUUUAUUCCACACAUAUCAUUCUUUCCUUGUAUGGUAACCACUACUUCUUCAAAGCAAUGGGUCGGGGCAAUGUCAAUUUUUCUUUGUUGGAGUUAAAAGAAAAGAAGCGGAAGUUACAUAAUGAGGGAAGUGUUAUGAAAUGAAUUAGAAUUAGUAAAAUUACUGUUUGGUCAGUACUGCUCUUUCUAAAGUACCAACAUAGUCCCCCACUGAAUCAAAUUUGUAAACAAAACAAUUACUUCCAAAAUGCUCAGUUGUACAAGCAGUGAUGAGAGCCCUAUUGAAAUAAAUGUACACACUAAUAAUUACACACAUAUGGGAACAUUAAUCUAUGUGUAUUACCAGUAUACAGUAGUAUGUGUCAAGUAGAGGAGAACAUUGUACUCGGUUUGUGACAACUAUAGUGAGGUGACACAAGGUAAGAGUUGAUAUUUUCCCUAAAAAAGUUGGCGCUAAGGGAACUUCUCAUAAGUCUGAAGACAAGUUGAAAGUCUAAUGCUGUGUUCAGAUGUUGACUGGAAUAAUGUAGAAGCAAUAUAAAUUGUUCUUGGUAGAGUGUAAUUGUUGGCACAGGAGGUACAGGUAUCCCCCUGCUUGCACAUUCCUCAUAUUGGGAGACCAUCAAGCUUUAGUAUGUGGCAAACUCAAGGCUUCUCUGGAGGAGCAUUGUGGACAUAUGACACAUGGACAGAAAUCACAGCAAGCCACCAGUACAGUCCUGCUCUAUGAGAUGUCUAUGUAAAUCUAUUUUGCUCCAAAGCCCAAGGUGGAUGUCUGAUUGGCAGCCACUAGAGGUGUUGGAACUGCAAAAUAAAAAAAAAAAAGAAGAAGCUGCACUGUUUUUGUUUGCACAGCUACAAGGGCAGCAUAUAUACAUUAAAUAUCACUUCAUUAAGAUGAAGUGAUGUUUACAGUGUCUUUUAAAUGCUCCUCUGUUUGUCUUUAUUUUGGUCUCAUUUUAAGAAAAAAUAUUAAUGUAAAAAGCUAAAGCGCCUUUUUCUUUUUUUUAUGAUCUGUGCAUUUGCUUAAGCGUAUAAUUGUGCUAAAACAACAUCUCUAAGGAUUGUGUUUCCCCCUGAUAUAACAUUUUCCAAGUCUUUAAAAAUUAAUUGUGAAACAUUUUACAGGGUCGUUGUUCAAGGGAGAACUGCAAAUAUCUUCAUCCGCCAACGCAUUUAAAAACCCAGCUUGAAAUUAAUGGCAGGAACAAUCUUAUCCAGCAGAAAACAGCAGCAGCCAUGCUUGCCCAACAGAUGCAGUUUAUGUUUCCAGGAACUCAGCUCCAGCCAAUGGUAAGGACUCUCCUGCUGUGUGCAAAACACGUGACCAUGAUAUGUAUACUCAUCACGCAUAGAAAAAUUAACAGAGACAUUUGUACUCAGUUCCCACCCCACGUUUUUAAAUAAAUGCAUUUCCCACUUGAAAUCACUAGUUGGCUGGAAUAAAUAUUUAGGUAACCAACACCUUGGUUAGGCAGACAACUGUAAUCUGACCAUUUGAAGUGUUAAACAUUUUGGUGGGUUUAGUCUACGUUUUAUUUUGAAAUACCCUUACUCUUCCACAAUAGACUUAUACACUCGUGUUCAGUAGAAACCUUGCUAAUGCUUUUUUAAUCCAUAUAAAAUGGCAAAUGAUUGAACUGCAACCUAGAUAAUCAGGUUAUGCCCUGGAACAUAGAAUUACACUCAUUGUGGAUAAGAUGUGCCAUGGGAAAUCCUGCUAUAAACCAUUAACACACAUUACUGACAUAGUUCUAUUCUGCAGGGGCAGAUAUUAAUUAACAUCUCCAGGUAUUAAGUCAUCCUAAAGGCAAACCAGGUUUGCAGCCCAUACAGAUUAUGAUCACUAGGUGGGUAGUAAGGUAAAACAUGUUGAUGUUCAAUUUGUAAAAUGAUGUAUUUAUUACAUUGAUACCGCAGUCAUCCUGAGAUUUAUGGGUAGUGCACAUAUGACAAUAUGUGCAAGGUAUUGCAAAAUCUUUACAUUGUUACAUAAAGGCAUAGAUAUGCUUGUUUUCUGGGCAUUAUCACAGCUUGUAGAGAAACUGAAAUUGAUUACAGCCUGAAAGAAACUGUAGCAGCAUACAUUAUUGAUAUGCUUGUGUGCAGUAAUCAAUAAUAUGAAGACUUCAGGAGUCUUGCCACUGUGAGUGCUAACAGUAAAGAAAAAUGUGUGGAUGAUAUAAAAACAAGUUAAAUAUAUUGUAUGUACUUUUUAUCAAUAAAUAUACACGCGGCAACAAAAGUGACACAAGUCAAACACACAACUGAUGUGUUAGCUCACAUACACACUGACACUUUAUAGGUUACACAUUUUUUAUGGAAAAAUGGCACAUUAGGAGGGACCUGUACUGGUUUUGCAUACUCUCUCAAUUCUGUUUCUUCAUGCUGUCUAGCUGUGUGCAGUAGAUGGAGAAAAGAUCCUCUCCUUCUCGUCUCGUCUUCAUUUUGCAUGUGCAUGCCCAGUAACCUGUGAGGCAGAUGGAAAAUAGGAAAAAUGGUACACACUAGGAAUCUUUGUAAAACCUUGCAAUCCCUCAAUAGAAUAUAUAGUCAGAUGCAAAGGAGCCAAGAUGGAGACAAUGAUUUAAGAUGAAGAGGUGUGAAUUUCUACAUUUAACUUAACAUCUCUCAAAUACAUAUUUGUUAAAAGUAGGGAUUAAUUAGCAAAAUAUUUAAAAUCCUGGGCAGUAACAAUUCCCCUUUCAUGUACUCUUUUUCUGAUAGCUGAUGUACAAACACUCUAUUAAAGUAACAAACAGCUUGUGUAUAAUCGAGCAUUUGUGUGCGCACGUGUGUGCUUACGUAGAAUGCAGAACAGAGGGACAGGUUAGGUCAGGAGAGGAGAGCAGUUUGUACAUUUAUACAAAGACUUGACACAUUUAUUUUGAAUCGAGGAGCCAGCUAAAAAAGUUAGGAGACAGUAUUUCUUUAAACUAACAAAGUUUCAUUUUCAAUGAGAAACAUGCAAUUCUUAAAUGGACACUAUAGUCACCAGAACAACUACAGCUUAAUGUAGUUGUUCUGGGGAUAUAGCCAGUCCCUGCAGGCUUUUCAGUGUAAACACCGCCUUUUCAGAGAAAAGGCGGUGUUUACAUUUCUUCCUAGUAACACCUCUAGUAACAGUCGCUAGGGUCUUGGGUCAGUGCUGCACAGUGUGCAGCACCUAAUUUUAACAUCUCCACGCUCUGCAUGGAGGUACUGAUUCCUCCCCAUAGAGAUUCAUUGAUUCAGACAGACACACACAGACAGGGAGACAGACACACAGUCAUUUUCUCACACACACACAAAUUGACAUCUUUAUUUUAAUUUAUGUCCACCCGGCCUCCCUACCUUUGGGAAAGCUGAGGGGAUCUUUCCCUGGGGUCCAGUGGGGCUGCUCUGAUAAUCUUCUUGCAGCUCCUCGCUGCUCCCUUGUGCUCUCUGCUGUGAUGCCGAGCCGGAGUGACAUCAUAUUCCAGCUGCUGAACAGCGCACUAGGGAGCAGAGAGAAAUUUUAAUAAUAUUACUGCUCUUUUGCGUGCCGUCUCCUUGCUGCCUCGGCCAACCACCUCCAUGCUCCUCAGGGAAGCCGGAUCUAAUGUUCCCCACGGCGGCAGGCUCCAAUGUUCCCCAUGGUGGCCAGUUCCAGUGCUAUCCCAGAUGACCACCUUCGCUAAAGGACUAACAAAUCUCAGGUGCCAGGGCAAAAUUUCUAGUUGCCAUGGUGACCUGGCGCCUGGGAUUUGUCAAGCCCUAAUUUAUACAGAAUUUGGACAAGGACCCAGGAGAAAAUGCUAUCUUUGACAGUUUUAUGAGGCAUCUACUGUUACUUUGGAGGAGAGUAGCACAUUGCUAGGAUCAAGAGUCAUGGAGAUCCCCUGCCACUGUGUAAAUGUGUGUUGGGGAAAAGGUCCAGCUGUACUUAUGACCAAGGGAUUGUGCAAUCCUUAAUAGAUUAUUAUGAUGGGGGUUUAAUUAUGUCUGUUGGGGACCUGCACAUUAACAUGACAAAAAUAAUAUUUUGACCACAUAAAGCUUAUCUGAAUUCUGAAGAAAUGUCUUAUAAUAUCAUAAUGAUACAGUGGCAGGAAAAGCAAGAUUCUAGUUAGUAUAGGUAAGACAUUUAAUAAGGGGCCCCUUCUGAUUUCUUGAAAAUCAAUACCAUGUGCUCAUAUUUCUUUACCAGUUGAACUAAUGUAAAGGAGGCAUCUCUUGAGUCUUAGGUGUCAGAGCGCUCUUACAAUAUAAUAAUAUUAUAAUUAGGGCCCCACCCAUGUGCAUGGAUGCGGGACAGGUGGAGGACAUCAGGUCCUCACCCUUUCAUAUUUUAAUUAGUGCCUCCUACCUGCCGCUAAUGGAUGGGGGCCAGAGAGGGGAUGCUAGGUCCCCCCUAUAUUAUAAUAGCCCUUAUUCUCUGGCCACGUGUGGCCACAAUGAUCCGUCCAUCCCGUUAUUUAUUUUUGUGCCCAGAGUGUGGGCGGGGAGGACUAUACCUCCCUGUUUUUUCACAGACUCCAUCCGCAAGGCAGGUAGGGAUAUGGGAGAUUUUAAAGCUCCUUUAUAGUAAUAAGGGGUUUUAUUGAUCCCCAUAGCAUUUUAUUUUUAUUUGUUAUUUUUUUAUGUGACAGCUGGCUAGCAAGCACUGGAAUGCACAUAAUUAACUCUUCAUUACUGAGGUUUUUAACUAUUUGCCCACUGGGCAAAUCUUAUUAAAAUCAUUCACAUGUUAAAAAGUAAGUGAACAAUAAUUUGCGAAUGUGCAGCCUGCCAGAUGGAUUUGGUUACGAAUUUCAGUAAAACCUGUGCUUUGUGAAUAUAUACUGAAAACUAUGUUUUAUAUAGGAUCCAGAAGGGAAAACACCAGUUUUGAUCUGGACAUCAAAUAUAUCUGUAGUACAGAUGUACUGGAUACCGCACUCACCAAUUAACCCAGGUGCUCUUAAGCCAGGGCUGGUCAGGCCUCCUUUCCAAGAUAUGCAGAAUAAAUAGCGGUCAGACACUCUGGAAUAACAGAAAUAGCAGCUUUAUCGGGGCAAAAGCCUGGUAGGGUCGAGACGUUGCUGCUUUUGCCCCAAUAAGGCUGCUAUUUCUGUUAUCCCAGACUGCCUGAACCAUUAUUUAUUCUGCAUAUCGAAUGUAUUUUGGCAAUUGCUGCAGUUUUGCUCAUGCUGACCGAAUUCAGACUGCAUUUGGGUUUAGUAAAUAUAUGAAUUGCCGCUGCAAGUGAAUGAAUAAUAGUAGUGAUACUUUUACUGAUGACGAGACUACUCUUUGAUUGGAAGAUUGUUACAGUCUGACUCUGUCAUUAAAGAGAUACUAUAGUGUGUUUCCCCUCCCCCCUCCCCCCUUCCCCCCCCACAGUUAAUAUAGGGUUAAAAAACCUUAGGAAACAUAGGAAAACAUGGGAUCAAUGCUUUUAUAUGGGGAAAUAGCUGAUGCUGGAUGUCCUUGUGCAGAGCGUGAGGAUGUCCAGCAUCAGUUAGUGGACCAAAAGUCCAACAUUCUAAUAGACAGACACUACAGGAUGCUACAGUUUCUUUCAGGCUGUAAUCAAUUUCAGUUUCUCUAAAACUACAAUGUUUUACAUUACAGCACUGAGUGCAAUAGGGACACAGUACUCAGACCCCUUCAAUGGGCUGAAGUGGUCUGGGUGCCUAUAGUGUCCCUCUAAAACUAUUUGUAUUUUUGUUAGAAUUGCCAUCCCUAUGUUUAUAAGUUAUUGCAAUCUAAUUCCGAUAACACUGCUUAUCAGCAUUAAGUUAAUGCACUAUGGGUCACUACUGUUCGGUAGUUAGGAGAUUAUAUACAGCUAAUUAUAACUAUACUGGUGCUUACUAUGCAUCUAUGCUAUCUGUUACAAUAUAAGAUUCUAGAAAUAUUUUUUAAUAUAUCAACUCCAUAUCAUACAUACUUUUGCCCUCUUCCAAAUCGUAAUGGGAGAGGGAACAAUCACUAAAGGUAGCAUGCCAGUGACAAAUGUGACAAGUCAGAUGGAAGAGAACUCGUUAGAUAAGGGCGCUUUUCUGUCCUGUUAGAUGUGGCGGCAGUAUGCUCAUGUGCUUUGGGUUGAUAAAUGUAAGCAUCCAGAAACCAUCAAAAGACUCCAGCGACACAGUUCAUUUACUUCAGGUAGUGCAGGUUUAUUGGUGCAGACUCAUUAAACAGAGCAUCAUCAGAUUCAGUUUAACCUCCAAGCUCCACAAACUUCUAGUCAAAAGCUUACAACAUAUGGCAGGAAAGUGUAAUCAUCGUAGUAACCAUAUCAGGACUUUUAAUGGGUCUGUACCAGUAAACAAGCAAACAUGCACUACCUGAACCAAGUGAUUGUUAAACACAUGAGCCUGAUGGUCAUUGGACUGCAGUGUUGUGUAUGGUGCAAUCAGCCAGGCACAUGUACAAAGCACUGUAAAUUUACUGUCCAAUGCAGGCUCCCUAGUGUUCAAUGAUGGGAUCGUACUGCAUUUUUGUGUGGUUUCCUCUAGUGUCUUUUGGAAGGAUAUCAGUAGAGACUGUCCAUCCAGCGCGGGAACAAUUGAAAGGAAUGUUAUAUUUCUAAGGAGCCAUAAAGUAAAUACCUCUAUAAUACUUUUAUCAGACAUGUUACACUAAGUGGGUAAAAAGUCUGAAAGUUGAACUUUAUAAAAGCAUUAUCAGAUAAUUAAACUUGCAUACCACUCCCAGUGUCAAUAUCUUUGUACCUUUUCAUAGAGACUUAUGACCUGGUGAACAUUGACCCGGCAGUUAUGAGGAUAUUGAAAUUGAGAGUAGUCUGUAAAUUAAUCUGAUAGUGAUUCUAAUAUCUACUAAAGACAGGUAGAUACAAUGUUGCUGACAGAUGUUAUUCCCAUUGAAAAUUGGAUUUUUGGAAGACAUUAGAUGGGUAAAGCUAUAUAUCAAAUUAUACUAUUAUUUUGAUAUAGCAUUUAAAUAAAUAUAUAAAGUGCAGCCCUAGCCAUCUUUGGUUUGAUUUAUUUAUAUAUAUGAAAUAUGCUAUAUUAACACAAAAACAAUGCUAUCUUAAAACAAUAACAUAAUUUGAGAACCAGUUUUCCAAAAGGUUUGAGUUGUUUGCAGAUAUACUUAAAUGUAAAGUUAUGGGGUGAUUAUUUUAGAAAAUAGUAUUUUUCAAUGUGUUUAUGCCUCCAUGUGCAUUUAAAUCUCGUCUGACUGUUUGUGCUAAUUCUGUCUGGGAUCUAUUUACAAACUGCUGAUCAGGUAUGUGAAUAGGAACGACACAGAAGUAUUAAUCCGUAUUAAUUGCAUGUUAUUUAGGUCCACUUAGGCUCAUGUCUAAAACAAAGUCAUUAUGGUCUCUUUCAACCUCUGACCCUGGUGAGUUCAAUGCAAGGUGCAUAGGCUGAAUCCCUAAGUCACUGAACACAAUGAAAACCUGCUUGCUUGCUUGCUUGCUUGCUGCAGUUUGGCAAAUUAUCCCUCAAAUGCCUGCACCGAUACCCACAUGCGUCCAAGUUACACUGAGUUCCAAGGAGUUUUAGCUCAGAUGCAAAGAAGUGAAUAGAACCUUAUUAUAACAGCUUUUAUGGUAAUGAUUAUAACACCUAUAGCAUUUUCACAAUCAGCAUUGGUUCUGUAGCUCAAUGUAAGUAAUACUGCAGGCAUAUUUGGACAUUGUAACAGUGCAAGAAUAGCAAACAUUACCAUGCAAGGACAAGCCAAUAAAUACAACUUACCUUUUCCACAUAAUUACUCUUUACACAAAACCGACAUUGGGACAUAUUUUUUAUUACAUUUUACCAAACAAAUGCAGGUAACUGGUUUCUACUGUAUUUGCUCCAGCCUCCUUACGUGAGCCUAAAAUUACAGUUUAGAAAUAUAGUUACCGUAAUCCUAUUACUUAUUUAGCAUUUUCUAAAUCCCAAAUAUCUGCAAUGGUGCAUUCAUAAUUUGUGUAUAAUAUAAUGUUUACAUUAAUUUGAAUCUGUUCUAUUACUUGUAUUUUUCUAUCUAUGUUGUUUGUAUUUCAAUUUCCAGCCCACAUUUCCUGUAGGCCCAGCAUUAGGAACAAAUACAGCUAUUAGUUUUGCUCCAUAUCUUACACCGAUGACCCCUGGAGUUGGACUGGUCCCUACUGAAAUGCUACCCUCUACACCUGUGAUUGUUCCAGGAAGUCCACCUGUAUCAGUUCCUGGCUCUACUGCUACACAGAAACUUCUCAGGACAGAUAAACUGGAGGUACUCUUACCAAUAUGUCCAAAACAAACAAUGUACAGCUGUGAGAAAUCUAAAACUACACCUAAGCAAAUAUUUCAGAAAAAAACUAAAAAAUGCUUUGAAACAGAUGUUUGAGUGGACCGGUGAUGCAGAGCUUGACAAACACAUGGUGCUUGUUUAAAAUAACACCAACAUAUUGGCUUUUUAUGAAUACUGUAUGGCAAAGAGUGGGCUAUGGUAGCUGUGUCAUGUAUUGUUAUAAAAAUUACUGCCAAAUAUCCACAUCUUAUAGAUGUGGUUGGUUUAUAGUGCUGUACGAAGCAUGAUAUCAGCAGUGAUGCUUGCCACCUCAUCUAUUUCCCUGUGAUCAGCUUUGUCUUCUCACUGAACAAUAGUGUCUGUUGGAAAUUUAAGAUCAGAAUCACUUAUGUAUUAUAAUAUAUACUAAUUUUGUCAGUGAGUGUAGUUACAUGAUAUAUGGUUUUGUGUACAAUGUGUGAUUUGGGUUUAGUGUGGUUACUACUUGUGAUAAGGUUGUCAGUUGACUUUGGAAUAUGGUACCGGUGACGUAGAUAUAUCAGGAUAUCAUGUGGGUGCUGCUUGUGUUAUGGGUAGCAUGUGAUGCUUCAUGUGGCCACAAUGUAAAUAGGAUCAGGAGUAAUAAAACGUAAAAAUAAGUAACAAAAGGUACUUUAAUGCUGCCUAAUGUACUUCUGUACUCUUUCAGGAGAUAUAAAUAAAGACACUGCAAGCUGUGUAUAGCAGCCAUGUUUCAGUUGUUACAGGAAGGAAGUACCCACCGCAACAGGAAACACUUGCAAUAGAAAAUAAACCAUAGAGUUAGUUGCAUGUAAACCAAACAUAGCAUCCAUAACAUAAACUUCUAACCUCUGUUGUUUGAUCAGGAGGACAAUACAGGUGAUCAUGAGCAUGUGGUGUUUCAUGCAGUAUGGUUCCUCCAAGUCAUAUGGGUUAAAUGCAGUAAGGUGCAUUACAUUGGUAUAAUGUAGAUUCUGCAUGGGGUUUUGGUGCUGUAUGUGAACCCAGAUGUGUGUUCUGAAUUCUAUUUGACUAUGGGGAGUCAUGUAGGUAUUGCAUGUCUUAGGGGUACUGCCCAUUAAGUCUUGACAUGCGUGCUUAAUUUGAUAAAGGUCUCGGGUGGUAAUUUGGUAACUGAUGGGUACUCAUUUUAACUUUUGUUAUAUGUGAUGUUGUUGCCAUAGCUGCUCUAUAUUAAAUUUCUAAAGUAUUAAUGACUGCUGAGUGCAGUUACAGAGCCAUCUCAUUUAUGUUUGGCUACUAAAUUGUUGCUCUGUCUUACAAUCAAGUUAAAUUUGUUAAGCCCUUGCCAUAAAGUAACACAUUGAUGUGUUGAGAACUGCAUUAAAGUGUUUGUGCAAUCAAAUGUUUGAAAUGGUUGAUAUGUGUCUCAUAUGAGAGAUAUGCUGUCAAAAUCUAAAUGUAGAAAUUAGCAAUGCAGAAUACUUUAGUCAUGCAUUUAUUUCAUACGUGAUAACAAACUUUGUUAUAUCACCCAUGAUAUAUUUAUUACUCAGCUGCUUAAACCAAGACAUGCAUUUUUUUUUAUUUUUUUUUUAAACACGAAUAUUUCCGGGAACCACAUUUGUUGGAUGGCACCAUGCACUUAGCUCUUUGAGGGCAAUGCUUUACUAAAAAUCCUUACAUUCUAUAGAUUUACUAUUCCUUACAAACACAACCUACUGAAUUCUAAUUGUGUUUAGACAACUAACGAGCUGUCAGACUGUGAUAUUACUGGAAAGCUUUGUACCAAACAGCUUUUUCUAUAUAUAUAUUGCAUAUGUUGUUUUUGGUCAUGCCACUUAUGUCAGAACAACCCAAAUGUGUAGUAAACUGAGCAUAAUGUAACAAUAACAAUAUGAUAUAAAUUAGGUGUAUUCAUGAAAGAUCGAAGAGAGAGAUUUCAGUAGAACUAUGUUAUUUGAGACAGAUUGACUAAUAUCACAGUAUAACAUAAAAUUCAUUAUUAGCUUUAGAUCCUUAAUAUGCCAUGUUUUGUUAUAUAGAAUUUGGCCCAGUAAGGUGGGCCACAAUUUUAGGAAUGUGUAUUUUUUAAGUAUUAUAAUGUAAUGCGAUGGACCUUAUAGGUUUCUUAUACAGUACAAGCAUUUUUUUGAGCCAAUGGUAUAAAAUGUGGCCAGUUCUGGGUUAAAAUAUAAAUGCCUGCUAUAAAUAUAAAGUGUCCUUUGUUUGUUUGCUUGUUUUUUUCUUUGCUUGUGUGUGUGUCUGGGUAUGUUUUUCUUUCAAACUAUAGCUGUAUAACACUGAAAGCCAUUACUGGUCAGAUACACAGUGAUUUGCCCUGGUUUUUCCUAUGUAGGUAUGCAGGGAGUUUCAGAGAGGAAACUGUGCAAGGGGAGAGACUGAUUGCCGCUUUGCUCAUCCAGCAGACAGCACGAUGAUUGAUACAAAUGAUAACACUGUAACCGUUUGUAUGGAUUACAUUAAGGGUCGCUGCAUGAGGGAGAAAUGCAAAUAUUUUCACCCUCCUGCACACUUGCAGGCCAAAAUCAAAGCUGCACAACAUCAAGCCAACCAGGCUGCAGUAGCAGCACAAGCGGCUGCUGCAGCUGCAACAGUGAUGGUAAGUGGAAGUUCUCACCCAUCUGAAAUAUCCUUUUGGAAGAGCAUAGCUUUACCAUUAACGAUUAAUUUGUGUAUGGUUUCUAAUUAUAUAUAUUAUAAAGCAUGACAUUGUACAGUGAAUUUAACAUUAUUGUGCAUUUCAUGUUGGCUUCUCACUGUACAGUGUAAAAAAAUAAAAUAAAAGUGAAUUGCGCAGCAGAACAGGUAAUUUCAAUAAACUGGUGUCAGCUCUGCUUGAAUAUAACCAAAGGCUCCCACAUUGUUACCUAAAAAAUAAACGUUAAUGCAAGUACAAUUCCAUAUUUGCUUUAUGUGUGCUUAGUAAAACAGGUGUGAAUAGAAAAUACUCUGAAUAAUCAAUGAUUAUUACGAGUAAUCUGGCAUCAGAGAUACACUUUUUGAAUACAGCCAUAGAAAUUAUAGAAGAUCACACUUUUUUCUAUACGCACAAGAGUGUGUAUUUUGUGUUCUUUGUUCCGUAUUCUCUCUUUCUCUUGAAUAAAAAAAAAAAAAAAAGCUUUUCAUAGUAUUGGCAAAUGUGUCAGUGCACACUGAUAUAGAAUAUAAAUGGCUUUUAUAUAAAAUAGUUCAUGUAUAAAUGUCCUGGGAUGCAAGUAAUAAUUAUACAGCUUACCUAUUAGGCAUUGUACUGCUUAUAGAAGCUCUAAAUGAAGCAGGUAAUUAGAGUUGUAGAGAGAGAGACAGAAAACUGACAUCGGCUUGAAUUCAAAAUUGUAUUUUUUUUUUUACCAAUAUGAAAAUGUAUAUAUAUAUAUAUAUAUAUAUUAGAAUAUAUUAAAGGGACACACCACUACCCAAAUAUAAUAAUAUAAUAAAUAAAAAUCAAUGUUUAGUAGAUACCCCAAUGAAAACAGGCAUGCAUUUAAUUAUGCACUGCUUCUUUGGAUUAAUAUCUGAAAACAGCUUGCAAAAGCUGCAGAUCUCUUGUCUGAAGCUUCUGCAAGCCCUCCCCUCUUACUGCGCCCAGACUUACUGUGGCUGUGCAAUCACAGACUUCCAAAUGCAGCUUAGUGAGACAUCUUUGCAAGGCAGGUUCUCUGGGCAAUUGCUUGUAUCUUGAGUUUAGCUCCACUGCGCUAACCAAACCAGGAAGUAAUAGGACCAGAUUGAUAGCCAGGGGGAUGUAACAAGGUUAAUUUUUUAAAACUGCCAAUUUCUAUUGAAAUCUAUUUGUAAAAUAAACAAAAGAGGAUAUAGUCUGGACACAUAAAUCACUUCAGAAGUAAGCUAAAGUGCUUUAGGGGACUGGGGUGUCCAUUAAGAGGGUGCAUAGGAACUUAAGGAACCAUUGAAAUGACGUUGUUAUGGUGCUUAAAUGUCCCUUUUCAUAGAAUGCUAAAGUAUUAGGAAUACAAAAGUGUAUUCUUAAAUCGAUAGUGCACUGCUAGCAAUUUAGGUUCGAGGUCCCCACCUGUAGGGAGAAAAUAAGCCAUUUUACUUUUAAAUUUUUCCAAUUGUUUUUUUUUACCUUUUCUCCCUCAUAGCACUGUUCCGUCUCCAUAGUUGAGAUCAUUAAGAUUGAUGAUCGUAGCCGAUCCAGCGUUUUACUAUACAAAAGCAUUGGGAGGCUAGUGGCUAACUAACUGCUCCAAUCAGAUGGUCCCUAUGAGAUCAUCUGAUAGAAAUAGCAACAUUUUACUCUGCUAUUUUGGUGGAAACACCUAGAUAAUUCCUGUCUACAUGGGUGUCCACAUGUACCAGCAUUGUUAUCAAAGUGUUUUGUUUGAAAAAAUUGGUCUAAAUGUAGAAGGAAAUGGCAUUUACCUGCUGGUUCCACUGUUUUCCAUAGUGAUUGUCACACUUUUAAUACUUCACAUCACUUUUUAGAACGGAACACUGAUAAACCUUCCCACUGGGUCACCUGUUAGAACAUUUUUGGAUGUAUUGCAGAUAUAAAUAACCUACUUUACCCUACCAAAUGUCUUUCUUUCUCAUUUUAACUUCCAGCAAGUACUUUAUAUGAGUACACCCAUGUAACAUAAAUUCUAGAAUAGUUUCUUUGAACAAAAUGCUUUCCUUUAACAUCUAUUUGCCCUUAAAAGUUACAUUUUGCUGUUUGCAGCUAUUCCCUUCAAGAAGAGUGGGAUUUGUAGGUACAGUUUGCCUAUUAUAUUUGUUUCAGUCCUAUUAUUACACCCUCAUAGGCAGAAAAAAUAUACAUCCACUAACUUUAAUCAUUAUUGAUUUAAUCUCUGGAAUACAAGCCAUCAAAUGAUUUGUUUUAAUAUUUGUAAUAUGGAUUGUGAAAAUAAUAAAAUCUACCUUGUUGUAUUACAGCGAGAUUGGUAGAGAUAGCUCCGAUUGUCAGCAUAUACCAUUGUUUGUUCAGCUGAAUGAUUCCAUUGUACCUUGAAUUCUGUUACCCAACUGUAAGCGUACAAAAAGGCAUUGUCAAAGUUAAUAGCACUAAACAAUGAGUAAGAAUACAUUAUAUAAGUGUGGCUUGUCAUAUCACAUGUAUGAAUAAUAGAAUCGUUCAAAUCACGUGUAGUAAGCUUAUCAAGUGUAGAUUUUAGAUACUAGGUGAAAGGGUUUCAUUAUUUAUUAUAAUUAAAGCAAUGGCAACGUAUCGUUAAGGGUGAAGUACUGCAUAUAUGUCAACUCUGGCUCUUUUGUUUGUACCUCUUUUUCAACACUGCAGUCAUCUGUCUAAUGUGGUUCCCUAUACUGUGCUUUUGAAUGAUCAAGUCAUUUGCCCACACAAGUGCAACUUUGACCUUCUCCCCUCUAUUUUCUUUUUUCUUAAUUCUUCUAAUGCAGCAUGAAUGCAGUUCAUGGAGACAGUGCUAAAUUCGGAUAGAAAGUGUUACAUUUCAAGAGGAAAUAACUGUUUAUGCCUCAUUGUUACUGUAACAUUUAAUAAGCCACAUAGAGAUUAAAAACAAAAAAAUAAGCAGAAUCAGAAAAAAAACUUAUUUUUUUUAAUGUUUCAAAAGCACAUAGAGCAGAUUAGUAUAUUUCAUGAUAAUAUAGGGAAAAUGUGUGCAUGUAUUAUAUAUGUAUAAUGAGCAAUCACCAUGGAAACCCCGUAGAAUGUAUCUCAAAAUUUAGCACAUUCUUCCAGUAUCGCAUCUAUUUUAUCCAGAUAAAUAUCGCCAAAUAAUUCAUUUAGCUCAAUAUAUUUUGGAUAUUAUCCUCCUUUAAAGUAUUUUUUGCUUUUUAUUAUAUUUAAUGUGAAUCCAGAAUUGUGUAGACAUGUGCGUCUCUUUCCUUAAAAGCCUAUGAGCAAGUACAUUGCAUGGCAUAGUCUCAAUUUGUUGCCAUUUAAAGGGAUUCUGUAAGCAAAUCUGUAUUCUUUACAUUAUAGUUUUAUUUUAUUAACCUAACAGGUUAGCAAUGUAGCUAACAUGUCAGUAAUCAUUUUUAUAGCAACUAUAACGCUUUUUGUCACUGGUAGUCUGAAAAUUAACCCUAAACAUUGGAAGAUGUGACCAUUUUUACACAUUUCAGAAUAUUUUUCAGGUCUCCUAGGUAUUACAAAUUAUAUUUUGUACUUUCCCCCCUUUUUUUCAGUGUCAUUGGGAUAGCAUCAUGUACAUGUCAGAAGGGGCCAGCUUGGGGUUGUCAGUGACAUAUGUUGUGUACAUAUAUCUCUACGUGCCUAUGCUCGACCAGUCAAUGUUAUUAUAAGUACAAAAUGCUGAAAUGAACCAGCCUAAUAUUGUUGCACUCAGCAUUAUUUAAUAGUACUAGUCACUAACUGUAGCUGGGUAGAACAGGUCCCUGGACCACAAGAGCCCAAAAUGUCCCUAUAAAAAGCAGAUAUGUUGACAACUAUGUCCUCACCAUAUUAUAGGUACAUUUAACACACACAAAUAAUAUAACAAGCACACUAUUUGAUUGGUUGGUCAAAUGAAGAAUUGUACAAUAAACAGGCCUAUUUUUAAACAUAUUUACAAAUGUAGGGCAAAAUAGAUGCACUGGGGAAUCCUGAUUCUACAGAACUGAGUUUUUCCUCAGAUCUGCUUUUUUUUUUAAUUGAGCGUUUUCAGGUACCCAUAACGUACAGUCUACAACAGUACAGUGAUCACUAACCUUGGCACCUCACAUGUCUGUGAUUAUUUUCCUUGGUUCACUGAGCAUUGUGGGAAAUGCAGUUCAAAAUCAUCCAGAUGCCUAAGUUAGCUAACACUGGUUUUAAAUAUUUGCAAUAUCUUUGACAUAAAAAAACACAAUUCAUAGCUUAUUGUAUGUAAUAAAGCAAUUUAUAGUGACCAUUAAAGCCCAGUUGAGUCAAGGGGAAAAGUUAAUAACUGAGAAUAUACCGUACUUAUAAAACAACUACUAGAGACUGUUAAAUGUAAUGCUGAAAGCACAUUUGUAAAGCUUCUUCUUAGACCCUUAAUACCAGGGACAAUUUUCCAACUUCUGAACUAAAACAAACCCUGGAAUUUGUGCUAUGUGUUUGUUCCACUGUAAUUUAAGGGUUUCUCCUUAAGUGCACCCAUGCAUAUUAUGUAUUGUUUUGUUUUUUUUAAAGGACAGAAGUGUAUUUCUUUUGAUAUCAUAUAUGUAUACCUAACACAACAUUAAGUGUGAUUAAAAUGGGAAAGAAUAAUUUUUUUCACAGUUUUGCUUAUUAUUUUUGCACAUCAAAUGGAACUAAAGACUAAACUCAAUAUACAUUUACAGUACUAUAUCAACAGAGGGAUUUCCCAAAGUAAACAGUACAGGGUGCUCUGUACUGUAUUAUUACAACAUGAGAGGGAGAUCCCCCUGUCAUGCUGCAGCUCUUGCUUGCUAUCACUGUUGAUCACACAGUGAUCGAUGCUAGGCAGCUGGCAAAUCACAACUGUGAUCACUGUUACCAAAGUGACAUGCAAGGAGACGCUGGGAGUCUCCUCUGAGUACAGGCAAGCUGAGUAUUACCACAACUGAGCAGCAUUGCCAUAGGGCCACAGCUCAUCUGUCAGUCCAGGGCCACUAAAUAUGAGCUCCAUGUAUCAAUUGUUCCAUGCCAUCCGAACUGCUUUAAAGCUCACUAUAUUUAGGACAGCAUGGGAUGUCCUAAUGUCGCUAAUGGGUUAACAAUGAGAGAAGCAAUGUAAUGUAUAAAAAGUGGAGGUUGGAGCUUCUGAAAAAGAAGUGGAAUUAUAAAUACAGCUAGUUUUCACUUGCAUUUCAAGGUAACUCUGAAAACAUGUUCCACACUAUUAACAUUUUGUCCAACUCUGGCCUGAAUGUUGCAGCCUGGCUGUAAAUGCACUAUAACUAACUUGUAUUGCAUCUGCAACCUGCCUAACUGUCCAUUUCAAUUUAGUGCUGUCACCAUAGUCUACUGGUCACUUACCUGUUCUGCCGAACAAUUCAAGCAAAGUUUGCAAUGUCAGUGAUUUGUUGCAAUGGAUAAUGUAGAACUGAGAGUACUUAAUGGAUUGCAGCUCCUAAUAUGCAGCAGACUUGGCACAGUGUUUCACAUAAUAAUGACAUGUACAACUAUUUAUCUCUUGGCAUGUAAUCUGACUGAACCUAACCUCACACACCUUAUAUUACUGGAGACUUUACCACCAAAGGAUAUGUGAACAUCUUCAUAUCUUUAAUGGUGAAGAAAAGAGAUAGUGAAUUAUGAUGAUUUGAUUGUCAUUGUUUAACACUUAUCUUAUCAUUUAGAGCAGUGACUAAUCUAUAGUUGUUCAAUUUAAUUACAGAGGCUGGCCGAAGUUUAUAGGUGCUUUAGUUCAGCAAUAGUUUGUGAUCUCCUUAUGGAGUUGGUCCUUUUAAAUUGGUGCACAAGCUUAAAAUGACAAUCUUAUGUUUUUGUUUUCAUAAAAUCACAUUUCCGUUAAGGUAGUAGAAAACUGUAGACUAGCUAAAUUUCCAGCAGAUGUAUAGAUCAAUAUAUAUAUAUAUAUAUAUAUAUAUAUAUAUAUAUAAAUGUGGUGUUUCACUUUUAAAUACAUGUACAUGGCACAUAGUCAACCAACGUGCUAGCAAAUAACUAGAUCAAAAUUCAAUUACACAUUUCAUCUUAUUUUGGAUAUAUGUAUGUCCUUGGUUUAGAUGUGUAAAACCAGUUGUAACAAUUAUUAUGCAAGUAUACUCGUUUCCUGAGAAACAACUGAUCUAGCCAUUUGCCUUGCAAAGAUGUCUCCAACAGUCAGCUCUCCACCUCUUGUGAAACUACCACUCCCAUGAAGCUUUGCAGCGAUGUAGCUGACACACCAUUGUGAGAGCAGAAAUUAGCAGAGGAAAGCGUAUUAAAGUGCAUUUAUAAUUUAAUUUUUUAAUGGACGAGUAUAAACAAACUUAAAAAGAACAUCAUAUCAGGAUUUUAAAGAAAAUCAGGAAAUGUAGGUCUUUAUGCAGCCCUUUUCUUAUUUGUCCCACACCACACCUCCCCCAACGUGUAAGCACAUGCUAAUGUAACCUCCUGUGUCAUCUAUUAAUUGAGUUGAGUACUUUCAUAUCUCAACAACCAAGAGACAACUGCUAAUGUGCAACACAACCACUAUUUAAACUUGUCAAUUACUGUGCCAUUUGCUGACUGCAUCAAACUGGGAUGCUGAAUCAUUGAUCUAUCUCCAGUUUACAUCUUUACAUAAAUACCAAAAGUAAAAGCAGAAAGGUAUUCAUUGUUUAUGCAAAUAUUAAAUCAGUUGCUUAUCAAGAAAUAACUGAGGGCACUGUUUCAAAACAUCAAUUUGUUUGUUUUAAUAAUUGCUAGUAAGAAAAUAUGAAUUUUCAAAUGUUGAGUUAUAUUAUCAGCUUCGUUUGCUCUGAAUAUCUUCCUACAUAGUAUGCGUAAUUGCUCUAUGACAGCUAGUUAUGUAAUAUCUCUUUAAAGAAAAAGAACAGUAACCUACUUUGAUAUAGGGAUUAUGUUUUUUACUUACCUCCUGAAUAUUUGACCCCUGCAAACACUUAUAAAGUAAAAAAAAUAAAUCUGUUCUGUUUGUAUACAUGCACAUAUUUGUAUGCAUACACACAUUGCUUGCAUCUGAAACAGGGAGUAAUAAAAACAUAUUUAUCUUUGGAUAAUAAGCCAUGCUGUCUAAAUUAAUUUGUGCAUACAUUAUGUUGUUAUUUAGAAGUUACUUUUCCAAAUCAAUUAAUGCCUAAUUAGAGAGUUUCGAUUUGUGGAUGGAGAAAACUGUCAGAAGCAGCUCUAUAGAGAAUGCUGGUCAUUUGUGGGUCAACCUAUGACUGGAGUGAGCACUGAUGUGGUAAGGGGCAGCACCACUUGGCAAGAGGGUCCCAGAAAGCUGAGUGUAACAAGUGGCAGUGCCACCUUACGUUCCCAGUACACGCAUCACUUAUUAACUGGCACACAACUGACCAGGGCCACACUUGUGUUAUUGAACUCUAGAGCAGAGUGCUGGCCUUGAUAAAUUUUAUUAAAAUAACAACUUCAUCUAGGCAGCAUGGCCAGUAAUAUAAAGAUUAAACAAAUGUUUUAUAUUACUUUCUCUUUAGGAAUUAGCCAAUGUUCCAUGUGGAGUAUUUACUGUCUUUAUGAUUGUACAUAGCCAGUAUAUGACAUAGAAAAGCUAUAGCAUUUGGGCUGUGAAUCAUAAAAUUGGUAGCUUAGCCCUUGCAAAACAAGAGCUUCAAAUGACAAAAAAAUGUAUAUUUUUUCAUAUGCUUUAAUGUUACUAAGCAAUAAACAAACAAUUGCUGAAAAUUCUUGUAAGAGCAGUAAAAUACAAUGAAAAUAGCUUGCUCAGAUGGCAGCAAAUGUCUGCUAAAACUCAACUAACAUCUAAUAUUCAGUGGUGGAAGCUUUAAUCUUUGCUAUAUUUCAAUCAUUUGUAAUAUUCACAUGCUUUAUGAAGUCUGAGAGAUGCUAUAUUCAUUUUCCUGUAUUUCAGACAUCUGUAUUUUACUCUCUUAUAUGCUUUUAACUAAGAUAUAGUAGAUGCAUUUUUGCUUUAGUACUAAUUCAAGGUAUAAUAUUCAUUUUUUUUUUAAAGAAACAUUUUCGUUGUUGUGCAUGCCUAGUGUUUUAUAUGUUGUAUACUGCAUUCAGAAUAUUUUUUUCCUUCUCACCUAUCCACAAUGCAAUGCCGUUCCCAUGAUGCACCUCUGCUUGCUGUUUACCUGUAUGUUAAUUCGCUUGAAUCCCAUUGGCCCACUGCCAUCAUGUGCUCGCUGCCUGUUAUUAAAAGACGCAGUCGACUGCCAAAGCAAUGAAGCGACCUCUCGAAGCAACUGUAGAUCUGGUACUUUGACCUUUCACCUUUUGCUUUGCAUGUAGCUUUUUUCAAUGAAGCAACUAAUUUUUUAUUGCUUUUUUAACAUCAUCUGAGACAAACAAUGCAUAUAAUUAAUGUAUGGAAAGUUAUAUUGAGCCAUCUCAUUUUUCCAUGUGUGAAAACAAAAUUUAAAAAACAAAUUAUAAAUCAUUUGCUAAAAUAAAUUUGAUUACAAAGUACUUGUAUACAAGAUUCAACUGGAUAUUUUGAUUAUCUUAGACAUAAUUUAAUAGAAUAAUGAACUUUUCUUUUGCUAUUUUAAAUUGUUUUUCAUAUUGAUAUAAUUUUAAAUUGAUAUGGAAUGCUUUAUUCUGCAUCUUGUAGAAUAUGUAAAAUUUUAAAUUUUAUCUUUAAAUUAAUUCAAGCCAAUGCUAUUUUGCUGCAUUACACAUUAGAUCUUGUCUGUAGUCGGUGUCACUACAGGUUUAAUGUAAUUAAACCAUGCUUUUGCUACCAAUAACAAAAUCUCAUUUUGCAUUGCCUCAGUUUGGGUUAAGGUGCAUGGCAAGGCAUCUUUUCUGUUUUUACUUAGUUUUACGAUGUUACCACAAUAUGUAAAUAUAUGUAUGUAUGUAUGUUAUGUAUGUGUGUCAUUUCAGAGACUAUACAUGCAUUAUAAACUCUACAAGUGUCAUCUAAUUUUUUGUUGACAGGCGUUUCCUCCUGGCGUGCUUCACCCAUUACCAAAGAGACAAGCUCUCGAAAAAAGCAAUGGUGCAAAUGCACUUUUUAAUCCUAGCGUCUUGCACUAUCAACAGGCUCUGGCUAAUGCACAAUUGCAGCAACCUGCAGCAUUUUUCCCAGCAGGUAUGUUUCACAAUCUUUGAAGCAAUCACAUUUACUUUGCACCUUCACCUAUUGCUCUUAGUAAAGAAAUCAACUUGUCCGUCGAUUCCUUUACUAAGAUCAAUAAGUAAAGGCGCAAAUCCUAUUGUUUUGUCUGAAGAUAAGUUAUCAAAUAAACAAAAGAAACAUCCACAUUGUUUAAUAAAGAAUACAUGUUGUCCUCAGAAUAAUUUGCUUGUAUAUUACGAUGUUUAUAAAACCUCAUAAGCUCACAUACAAAAUUAAACCAUUAACCACUGGUUCUGGUGAUUGGAGAAAUAACUUGCUAUUUUUAGCAGAGUUUGGAAAAAAUCUGAAACUCUACCAAAAUAUUUUCCAAGUUGCAAGUUGAUUCUCAAGUCAACAAAGUUCACUGGUUUUUGGAAACUUGCAUUUAGCUACUGACAGAGUCAAGAGGAUGAUAGAUAUGAAUGCUGAGUUUAAUUUGUUUUACAGACCUGUCGGUACCAUAUAUAAAAAACUAACAAUAGUUUUUAACAACUGUUGCAGUUGUUAAGCUGCAUUGAUAGCAUAUUUAGGUAAAUAAAAUGAAUCAGAACAUAUGUGUGAAGUCUGUGACCAAGUUAUCAUUAAUAAAUCUAACUGAAAUGUAAUAUAACAUGUAUUCUGAGAAAUACAAUAUUUAAUUACAUAUACCAUGCAGAGUGACCUAUUUUAUUAGUGCUGUGCAAACAAAAUAAUCUAUGUAGCAGGGCUGCCAGUCAUGGGUUUUAGUCUAGUAGGUACAUUUUGUCAAGAAUAUGGCCUCAACAAGUUUUCCAAAUAAUUCAAUACCGUCAGAUAAACUUUCCAAAUUAUUUAUCUACAAAGAUUCCCAUAGACUUUAAUGGUGACGUCUCCAGAUAAAUCACUUGAAAAGUUUUUCUAACAGUAUUAAAUCAUCUAGAAAGCUUAUUAAAUCAAGUCCAUUGUUAGGUUUCACACCGUGUUUAUAAAACAUUGCUGUGAAGACGGAUAUGGCUUGUAAUUAGUUGGGGGGAUGGGGGGUUUCUAAGCUUCUAUUAUCUUCACUCACUAAUCCUUCACAUGUACAUGUAAACUUAAAAUAAUCUAACAUGUCAUAUUUGUUGUUAAAAUUAAAAAGUGUAUAUAUUAAGAAAGUAAAUGAUUAAUUAAUACAGAGAAGCAAAUGUUAAUUUUAAAAAGCUGGCGGAAAUUACAUGUAUUUUUUAUGAAUAAAACCAAUGCAAACAUCUAAUCCUCGGCGCUACUAUUCACUCUAUAAGAGUCACUUGUUUUCACAUGUAUUCACUACAAGCUAAGUAGAUGUCUAUAAGAUUAUUGUAAAAACAGUGACAGUAACCUCAAUCACCAAUAGCUCACAUGCCCAUGCUGUUAGUGGUUACUGAUUGGCUGUGCUGUGCUUUGCACCUCUACCUUAUCUUCAAAAUAUAGAAUUAUAUUAAUUACGUUGAAAAAAAUGACUUGCCAAUUUCUAACUGUUCAGUCUGUCAUUCAAACUAAGUUUUGCUUCUGUUAACAAAAAGUUAUCUUUAUAGCUUAGUGGCAAAUAAACCAUGUCUCCUGGUAGAUUUUAACCUUAAGACUUGCUCACUUGAGUAAAGUAUAUCAUUACGUAUUACUUUAAUAUUUUAUUAUUUCUAUAUGUGAGUAUUCUGACACCUUUGUAUCAAAUAAGACUGAUUUACAAAACACAACCAUGCAUUUUAAAGACCUAUGUGCUAAAUGAGUGCAAUUAUUCUUGUUUGGCAUGGAAAUAGUUAACAAUAGAAAGUGUUAAUAAUAUAUAUAGAGAGAGAUUCUCUAUCAAAUCACUAAUAUAAAUGGUUGUAUUAAGCAGCCAAAUAUAUUUUUCUCUUUAAUACGUACAAAGUACACUGGUAGUAAAAAAUAUAUACUUUUUGAGACUAAUUUAUUCUAUAUAGCCCGUUAGGAUAUUUCUUAAUAGUCACAUAUGUAUCUACUUUAUUAAGGCAUACAAACUGUAAUUUUGAUUGUAAUAUAAAUAUAUGAUGUUCUAAUGUUAAAAUUGCAGCUAGGUAUAUUUAAUAUUUUUGGAUAAGCAUUCCAAAUAAUUUAAUGUUUUGGAUAAUCUUUUAAAAUGAUUUUAUAUUUUGAAAAGUAUUUUGAUAUUUUUUGAUGUAUUAAUAUUUCUUUAUAUGUGAUACAUUUUUUACAUUUUAAUAUUUUGAAAAAAAUCAUAUUAAACGUUUCUACAAAAUAUUAAAUCAUUUGGAAAGCUUUCAAUAUUAAAUUGGGCUUAGUGAAUUCAACCCUUUACAGCUUUAACCCUACAAAAAAAAGUGAGAGGAACUAAAAUGUUAACCAGCUAUGCAUUCUAUGGCUUUUCAUUUUGUAUAUUAUCAAUCUACCAGUAAAGUCUAUAUGUUAUCAUGAUCUAGUUUAACAAAGUUUUAAAAUCAAUUUAAAAAGUUAAAAAUAAGGUUUAAAAAAACAUGUUGGUCAAGUCAUCAUACAUCAGUUUGAGACACUGACGUAGAGCAUAAUUUAUUAUAUAUUUUUAUUCUAAUGCAGAUAUUUUGGCCUCACAGUUGACAUCAACUCACCACAAUUUACUGUUGAGUGAGUAACCCCUCUAUACAUAGGUGUCUCUAAUUUAUAGAGUGUGACACACAUUACUGUGUUUUUUGUUUAUGCCAAGGGUUUACAUUUCUAGCAAAUGAUUCAAUAUUACUGUUGACAAUUAUUUGAUUUAAUACACUAAUGUUGGUUGGAAAAUGUAGUAUUUUAUUAAUUAUAUCAAGGUGCUCAGAUAUUUUGAGCACUUAUGUUUGAUUUCAUGUUUAAAGAAAAAGUUUCAUUAAAACUAUAUUUUUAAAUAAUAUAAAUAAGGACAUAUCUCAUUAUUGGAGUACAGAGAUGCAAAUAAAUAAAAUGUAAUAAAGGAUUACAAAAAUAGCAAAUAUACUGUUUGUUUUUAGUUACCCGUUUAUUUUCCCUGACAGAAUACCACUGAUGUUUUUGGCAAACCCAACUUUGUUAUUUCCUGCCUUUUACUUUAAACUGAAACAGCAUGCAAAGCUGACUAUAUCCACUCUUUGCUGAAGCUAUCAAGCAUUCUUGCUAAUUACAUCCCAAUGAGAGGCGCAAAGCAGACAUAGUUCAUACCAAAGCAGUGUAAACAUAAUUAUACGGUUUUCAACUAAACACAUAAUAAAAAAUAAACUUGUGACUUUUCUUAUUGCUACAAUCAAAGAAUCCUACUUUUAUCCUUCUUUAUUAAAUAUUUUCCUUUAAAUGUAGCUAAAUUAGAUUUAUAAUGUGAGAUAAUGUAAGACUACACAUAAGACCACACGAUAAGAAAACUGAUUAAAAAGAUCAGGUUUAAAAGGUUAAAUAAUUCAUCACAUUUGCAGCUUUAUCAAAAUUGAAAUGUUACUAAAAAACAUUAUUAUAAAACUCUAUAGUCUUUUCCAACCAGUUAAACAAGCAAUAAACAGAUGCAGCCAUUUUCCAGAUUAUAUAAGAAUCUGCCUUACUAGUUCUCUUAUGAAUAACUGACAUGCCUAAAUUGAGUGAUUUUAUUUCUAUGUAUGAAUGUUCCCAGUCUGAUUUGCUAUGCUAUGGUCUUUUAGUUAAUUAUUCUGGACUGCGUCCUACUGCAGCUGUUUAUUUUAAGAAUACAUUAACAGCUACUCUGUGAACAAUGUUUAGUUUCUGUACAUUAUCCUUCACUCUAAGGUCAUUCAUCGUUUUCUUUAGAAAUAUUGAAGACCAAAACAAAAAUGCAAACAUGUACUAAUAUACUUCUUCACAACAAGGGGUCAGGUAGGCCUUAUUAUAGCAUUACAUAUGUGGUAAGCCAUUGGUUGUUGGGAGGUUAAAGAGCUGACCCCAAAAAUAAAGUAUCAAAUGUAGUGAAAAGCUGGGAGACAUUGCUUAGUUAGAGACAUAUAGGGUGUGAGAGCCAAUGUUAUUUUCCAAGUUUAGUCCCUUUUAAGAGUUUAUGAAGUAUCACUUAUCAUACAAUCCAAUGUACUAAUAUUGUUUUUUUUCAUUGAUAUUGAGGGAAAUGUCUUGGCCGAAAUCAUAAAAGUCCACAAAACUGUUUACUAUCUGAAUUAAAAAGCUAAAUGAAAAAUAUAUUCUUAGUUUUUAUUUCAGUCAGUCAUAUACAUUAUAAUAAUUGUGAUAUAAAAAUCCCUGUGCAUUAUAAAGCAUAUAUUUUUGCAUUAUACUGCAUGAAGUAAACCCUUUUGUAUUUUGUAAAUCAGAGUAACUGCAAUUUUUUUUAAAUAAGAAUUGUUGCACUUUACUAUCCCUUUAAAAGAUAAAGCAACUCUUGCAAAAUACUGUUAGACUAUGAUGUGAUUAAAUGUUUGUCAUUUCUUUUAAGUUACACUGCACUUUUCAGAUGCUAAAAAGCCAUGGCAGAUAGACCUAUUUUAUAUCCAGUGUAUUGGCCUGCCCCAGGAGUGAACUGGAAAAUUAGUCAAAUAUAGUGUUCAAUAUUCAGAAAUCAAACAUGAACCUAAUAAAAUAUUUUACAUUUGUAGAAUUAUUUGACAAGUGUAAAUGAUCCCCAACUGUAUGGGGCAUUGUUUGUUUUUUCAUGUCUAAUGCCAGUAAAUAGUGUAAAUGUUCUCACUAACACAAUAGAGCAAAAUAGCACAGUGCAUUGAAACUGUGUGUGACCAAAUGUCUUUCGUAUUAUGUAAAUUUUUGAUUGUCUUUAUUUGUCUUAAAUAUUGCCCUGGAACAUCAGCACUAUAAAGUAUUUUGUUUCUGUUAAGGCCAGCAAUGUGACAACAUGCCACUUAAAAAUCACAGUAUUUAGUUUACAUUUGGUGACAUAAGUAUUUUUAAAGAAUUGAUUCCAUUUAAACACAUCACUAUUUUCAACCAGCUCAACAGUUUAUAAGUGUAAUUUACAUUUGGAUUUUCCUUCUCCAUCUUUUCACUUCUUAGUAAAUGUAGUGCUUGUAUUAUUUUGACAAAGAUUUCGCUGUGUUUAUACAGCCUUUGUUAUUUAACUAGCUGUAAGUGUAACUUUUUUUUAGUAGAGAUGUUGCAAGUUGGCAUCAACAAGGUACAUGACAAUUAAUGUAAUUGUAGCAAAGUUAAAACUAAAAAUCCAUUAAUCAUCAACUAGGGUAUCAAUCAUCAACUCAGUUAUUACACAGCUUUUAUGUACUUGGAGCUUAAACCCAUCUUAAUUAUUUAAGUAUUUAGGACCCUGGAAAAAAAUCUGAAACAAUAUUAGCUUCUUAAUUUUGUAGGUAAAACUUUAUUAAAUCCUUUGCCUUAGCUUCCUAUGUGAAUUUAACUAAGUUACUGAUUUCCUACCACUUUGUAGUCCUAAACCAAAUAUCUACAGAAGUGUAAAUAAUAGAUGUUAGUUGUUAAUUGUAUGCCACUGAGAGGUAGCAAAUACUUGCAGUGUAAUGUCAUUAACAUACUGUCACACCAUAUUAAGAAUUAAACUUUUGAGCAAAUGAUAACAAAAUGCUCAUAGCCUGACUAUAAAUAAUUCAUGUCAUGUCAAUAUCAAGUUUGUUGAGAAACUAUUAAGUACAACCAAAUCAUAUACAUAAUAUUGCAUUUAAUGUCAUUCUGGAUUUGUCUGCUCAGAAUUUGCAUGGACCAAGAUUAAAAAAAAAAAAAAAAAAAAUCUUCAAAAUAUUUUAAAAGUGAAAUAAUAAUACAUUUAUAAUUAAUGCACAAUGUUAAAGAUUUAUAUGCAUGUGCAUACUUCUCUUAUUUAAAAAUGGCAAAUUUAAGAUAUUUCAGUGACAGACUUUUAUCAAAGUGAUUAUGUUAACAUUCUGCAAAUUAUGACAUGGAAACCUCUAACCUUGCCAGAUUUUCUCUAAAGCAGUGGUUCCCAAACUGUGUGCACACAGGGGUGCCGCGGAAUAUUUCCCUGGUGCUAUGCUCAACAGGGACCCGGUCAAGUGCCGCAGUCCAUUAAGACCGCGGCCGGGCCCCUGUAAUGUUGGCUGGCUUAGAGGAAGUGACAGUCUGUCACUUACUCCCAGCAUCCUGCAGACAGACAGCGUGGGAGGGAGAGGAGGCAGCCGCAGCGUGAGGGAAGAGGAGCUCCAGACCUCUCAUUCCUACAGCAGCAAGACUCCAAGCCACCCUCCUGGCACAUAAGGUAAGUUAACAGGAGGGGGGCUGGAGAUAUAAAAAAAAAAAAUCACAAAAUGUGAGUGUGUAUAUGUGUGUGAGUGUAUGAGUUUGAGUGUGUGUGAGUGUUUGUAUGAGUUUGAGUAUGUGUGUGAGUGUAUGUGUAUGAGUGUGCGUGUGUCAGGGUGUGCAUCUGUAUGUGUAUAUAUAUGUCAGUGUGCACAUGUGUGAAUGUGCAUCUGUGUGUCAGUGUGUGUAUCUGUGUCAUGGUGUUGGCAUGUAUCAAUGUUUGUGUGUGUCAGGGUUCAUGUGUUCAUAUGUCGGUGUGUAUCUAUCUGUGUAUCUAUAUGUGUGUAUGUGUCGAUAUCCAUAUGAAUUUGUGUGUAUAUGUUGGUGUGUUUAUAUGCAUCUGUGUGUUAGUGUGCAUGAAUAUCUGUGUAAGUAUGUUUGUAUGUAUGUGCAUACAUCCAAGCAGUCAAACACCAGUACAACAUACAAGCACACUCCUGCAAUCUAACACAAAUAUUACAUACAAACACACCGCUGCAUUCAAACUUAAAAUAAUUAUACAAACACACCCCUUCAUGCAAACACAAAUACUUCACACAAAUGUACAUCCACAUUUAAAAGAGAACAUUACAUUCAGACACACCCCUGCAAUCAAAUGCAAAUAUGACAUAUAAACACACCCCUGUAUUAAAACACAAUAAAUGUAUACAAGUACCCCUUCAAACACUGUACAUUACAUUAUAGCGCCAAUAAAUGCGGCAGCGCUGUACAGAAAUACAACCUACACAUUUUUACUUGGGGUGCCUUGGAAAAAUACUGAAAUAUUAAGGGCGCCUUGAACCUAAAAAGUUUGGGAACCAUUGUUCUAGAGGCUCCUGAUUGGCAUCUAAUUUUCUGGCCUUUUUUGAAUUUUUAAACAAAGCAAAAGUUGUCCCCUAUUUGGACAGGCUCCAUGCCUACUUGGGUCAGAACCACAAAAGGAAGGAGGAAAACACUACCCUUUAGAUUUUUUAAUAUGAUCAUAUAUAGAAAAAUUCUAGAACCUUCAAAUUCUGUCGAAUCUUUUACACAUUGGAACAUGUCAACCCAUUGAACAAUACAGAUCAUGAGUUUAUUCUCUGCCCAAUGUGAAAACUAUUGUAGGAUUAGGAGCAAUUUAACAGAUGCAUUAUAAAACAAUGAAUGGCCUGGGUCAAAUGAUGUCUGCACUAACUCCUACUUAUCUAGAGCUGUGCUUGAAAUUCACUCUGAAUGUUAACUCUUUGUAGCUAACCUGUUUCUUUCCCUUUAUUUAUUUUCUCCCACCUCUCAUUGCAUGACAUGCAGGGUCAGUUUUGUGCAUGACACCAGCUACCAGUAUUGGUAGGUUCCUAUCUAUUUUUUAAUCUUUUAUACUGCACAAAUUACCUUCUGUGAAAUUGAAUGUUUUUUAAUAAUUGUUCUAGAACAUAUUCAGCUAUGUUAGCUCUCAACAUUAUAGACUGUAAAGCCUUUAGAAAUCUCGCCUAGAACGUUUUAUAUGCAUUCACUUGCUUUGUGGUUUAAUAAUGACAUCAGUAGUUUCUACUGUUGUUUCUAAUAUUGUUGAGUAUAUGAAAAAUGAAUUGUAAGUAGUAUCACCUGUGUGUAAAACGUCAUAGUGUUGUGUCUUUUUCUCUCCUUUUUGCUGUGUCUAGAAUAUUUCAUCAGAGUUUCCCAGAAAUCCAUGCAGUAAAAAUGCCAUUUACUUAAUUAAAUUCUAUAAUGCAAUAAAGAAUUGUUUCUGUUUGUUCCCUACUGGAAUAUAUAUAAUCAUAAAACAAUGCUACAUCUUGCUUUCAACAUACAUUAUAAGCAUAGACAUUUGAGUGGACAAAUAUUUAGUGUAUAGGCAUAUAUAUGGAUUUGGAUUUUAAUAUUUCAUGAAAUUAUAUUAUGUAUAUUUAUAUAGAGGGUUGUUGGACAUUUUUGAACCCUCUUUACUGUGAUUGAUGACAUCAUUGUUAUGUUAUUGUGGAGCUUUAAUUCAACAUAUUUUAUUUUAGUUAAAUUGGUUGCUUGAAAAUAUAAAAUGAAGAAUGUAAGCUGUAAGUUUAAAAAAACAACAACAUGCAGUGAAAACAAACUUGUUUCCUCCAAAAAGCUAAAGCCUCCUGCACGACCAAUUCCCAGUUUGCAGUAGAUUCAAGCAUUACCUCUCAUGUAAUCUCUAGAGGUAAAGCAAAACGCCUGGUUUCUGUUUUGUGUCCCUCCUGAGAAGCUAUUGUGGAGGCUUAUUUGUACAGUGCAAUCACAGUAACCAGAGGAGGCUGAUAGAGAACAGUCACAUUGCAAAGCCAGAAAGGUAAUGUGAGAAAAGUCUGUGGUGCUGGGAAUUGAUUGGGGGAGGAGAGUUGGGCUCUAAUGCAAUACUCCAUGAGAUAGGAAAAGGUUUUAUUAUUUAAAGAAAAUUUUGUAGCUUCCUGUCUAUGUGAUUCUGUAUUGUCACAUGGACAGUGUAAAUGACCAUAAUCACUACAGUUUAUUAUAUUGUUGUGGUGCAAGGACGUCAUUCCUAGUAACAUUUUCCUUGAAUUCUUGCUGUUGCUUCUUUUGAUUUGUAUCUUCUUUUACAGUGCAGGGGCUCCCCUUCCUACCCAAUGACAUCAUGUGGGUAAUGCUAGGCUCCCCAUUGAACCAUCUAAAUGAUUCAAAUUAGUUUGUUUCACAUGCAGGAAUUCACACAGUGCAAAUAUUAUGAUGGCCCAACGGGGAAGCUAGACUUACCCAUAUGACAUCAGUGGGAAGGAGGGUGCAACCCAAAUGCCAUAGAUGAAGAUAUACAUUUUACUCAGAAAUUCCACAUAAAUAGAGUCCAUCUAGUUUUAUACAGUGUUGAUGUUAUUUUAUUGUAAAUCGUAUUAAUUUAAGGCAAGAAAAUAAUAAUAAUAAAAAGAGUAAAUGAUGUCACUAUUACAUUUUCUACUAUAUAUAUAUAAUAAUCAACCAAUAAAUCCAAAAUCCAAUCUAAGACUGAAAAGAGUGUAGUGAGAGAGUUUUACAUUUUUAAAAAUGUGCUUUUUCUGGGAAUCGCUGAUAAUAUUUUUUUGUUUAUUUAUUUAUUUUACAAACUUCCUUUAAUUGUACCUGUAAUAAGCUUUUUUCCCUUUUUUAUUUCUCUCCCACGCUUUCUUGCUUUGCAUUGUGAUUGCAUGCCAUCUGCUGGUUUAACCCAUGAUGGCUUGCUGCUAUGUGAUAUUCACCAUGCCAAAUCCACUUCUAUUACCAUAAUGCUACACCCUCCUGUUCAUUGCUUCCAUGGUUCCCCUCCUGAAAGUUCCCAUGAUGCACAGCGCUACGUCCGCCACUGUCUCUGCAGCAACAACUCCUGCAACAAGUGUCCCCUUCGCCGCAACAGCCACAGCCAAUCAGGUUUGCUCCUUUUAAAGCUUUCUUUCACAAAUCCCAAAGUGCUAAUAAUUAAAAAAAAAUUCUCUGCAGAAUUUUUUUUUUUUUUUUUUUUAACACAUAAUUGUUUACCCAUCAAAUUUUUUUUUAUUAAAUGUUAAUGGAGAAUGUGUUCCUGGGAGGUUUCACUUAUUCAGAGUUACAUUUUGCAAGUAUUGAUCUUUCUGUUUUAUGUUUCUGUUGUAUGUGUUUAGAAUAAGUUAGAGCAAUAUUCUUAAGAAAUACAUGAUAGGAAAACACAGAUGUAUUAACAUAGCAACAAUUCUAAGAGAGUGGACAGUUCUUGGUAGGGGUAAUAACUUUCUAGUGACGCAAAGGUUUGAUAUAAAACAAUUAUAUGACCCUAUAUAAGUGCUUGAUACAUGUAUUUGUGGGAGAAAUCCUGAUAUCAAAUAAGAUUUCUUUUAUUAUUUAUUUGGAUGUUUCUGUUUUUAUUCAACUAUGAUCCAGUUGAAGGAUUAAUGUACCGUAAGUCUGAAACUAAAAAGCCAGUUUGUGGUAGUUUAUACAAAAUGGCAGAACAUUUUUGAACUCUUUACAAAAGGAAUACUGCCUUUUUAAUUUGACUUCAAAUGUGAUCUAAUCCUUAGCACAAUGUACGUCCUUAUCUCUUCAUUUAAAGGGACACUAUGAGCAUCCAGACCACUUCAUCUCUAUGAAGCAGUCUGGAUGCAAUGUCACUCUUGCUAUAACCCUUCAUUGUCAUUCUGCUGGACCGGCAAUGUUUGCAUUGCAAUGUUUUAUACUGGCAGCCACUAGAGGCUUUUCCACAAAAAUAGCUGAGUGAAACUCUACUACAUCAAUCAGAUGGUCUUACAGAGACUGUCUUAUUGGUGCAGUGUUUUGCCAUGCAUGCGCACUAGCCACGAAAGCAAUGGUUUGGCUGUGAUGAUCAAGAUCGGCCGUCCGGCGAGAAAGUAGCAUGGCAUUGGAUAAAAGGUAAGUAAAAUACCUUUUUAAACCUUGCGUCUAUAGUGUUAGGAGUACACAUUUGUAUUCCUGAUGCGAUAGUGUUUCUUUAACACUUUAAUCUUAUAACGACUGUACUUAUUGUAAAACAUAUAUAGAAUGUGUAGGAAUCAGAUAUAUAAUUUGUUUAAUUUCAUAUGUUUCAGUCAAAGAUAGCCAGAUGUUAUUUUAAGGCUCCUAUUUCCCUCUGUUUUUCACAAUAUUGGUGUGUGAAAUGAUCUAUGCUGAACUUAAAUAAAAAUGAAAGGGUAUGUAUCAUGCCGAGCAUCACAAAUGUUCUUUUGAAAGAGAGUAACAUUUUGUCUAUACAUUACGCUAGUAGAUUUGCUAGUAAAUGUAUAGAUUGGGAGAAAAAAUAACUAUUUAAAAAUAGAUCUUUCUUCCACUUGACAAUCAAAUCUGUGGCACGGACUCUCUGCAAAAGAAUUGGAUGACAAGGGAUAGCAGAAAAGACUUACCCCAGGCUGUCCUUCAGCUCUUCACAUAGAGCAGCCACAGUAUAUGUUAACUCGCUAGCCAACGCUGCUAGCACUGGUUAGGGAGUAUAGGAACGGCGAUGAGGCCAGCGUGUAGACAUCUUAGAGCAGGAGGAGCAAGGAGCAGAUUGGAGGUGGUGUAACAAAAGUGUAACAACCAUGAAGACAAGGACAUGGUGGCACUGGAGCAUCUUGUAUCUUUGCGAUAUAUGAUGUGUUCAGUGUAUUUGGGGCUAUUUAUAAAUAUAAGUGACAGGUUUACUUUAAAGAAACGAGUUGUUGAUACACAUUUAAGCAGCAAAGAUUUACAGGCUUAUAUGCUAAAGUGUGAAUUUAAAGUGAAUUUCAUAUGAUAAGCCAAAGUAACCGAAAUCGAAGUAUAGCUGAUACAGAUAAUUUAACCAAUUCGGCAUUUUUGGCCUUAAAUUUGAAAGUCACUUUGAAUUCUCACUUUACUGAAUAAACCUGUUAAAUGAACACUAGUGUUAGGAAUACAAAGCCCUAUUGCACUUAGCAUCAUAGACAACCUGCCUAACCCUUAAAGGGGUGUUAUCCCAGUGUCCAUGCAUAACUAGUGACAUGUUCACUGAUAGAGCUGCCAUCCAGAGUUUAAAUGCUCCGAAACUGCUAAAACAUGCAUAGUAAGCACACACUUUUAUUGUAUCUUCAUUAAGUAUUCCCAACAACAGAUAAUAGAGCUUGUCUCUUGGGUGAUCAAGAGCACAGAAAGAAAGCUAAGUGUCAAACAGGAGCAUCAUUGGACCUGGCAGAUCUGGUUUACACUCAUUGAAAGAACAGCUUUUAAGGGAGUAUGUCAAGAUGUAAGGCCUACAGCCUAACAUAAUCCUAAACACACAAGUAAAUAUGUUAUUGAUUGUCAGAAGCAGAGUUUAUUUUAGCAGUUUGGUGUGCCCAAGUCAAAAUUCUAACCUUAAAAUUACACGCUAGCUAGCACCAAAAUCACUAUGAGGGAGAUUUUGUCAAGGGAUAAACAGAUGCUCUUCUGGGCAAAGUGUUAAAUAAGGAGUAUUCAUCAUGAAAACCAACAAAAUGUAUCUCAAUAAUUAGAUUUUUUUCACCCAAUGUAGCACCUGUUUGGCCCUGAUGUACUGGAUCCCCUACUUCUUAAGGUAGUGCUUUGAUGUUGAAAUGCUGCCCAUUUCCUCUCACAAAUAUAUAGAUACUACCAUUUCUGAGAGAUGGCAAUGUAUACAUUUGUAAAAGAUCUUCAAGUGAUUGACACGCUGUCAAGCUUGACCUGAAGUAAGCAGUUCAUGCAAACACAAAAAUAUCAGUAAGCCCUACCAGCUACUAAUUGUAAGGGUUCUCUUACAUAAUAGUGUGAUAUCCUUAUCCAUGUAAUGAAAAUCAGAACACAUUAUAUACGUGUGUGUACAGGGAGUGCAGAAUUAUUAGGCAAGUUGUAUUUUUGAGGAUUACCAUGUUCUCAAUGAACCCAAAAAACUAAUUAAUAUCAAAGCUGAAUAUUUUUGGAAGUAGUUUUUAGUUUGUUUUUAGUUUUAGCUAUGUUAGGGGGAUAUCUGUGUGUGCAGGUGACUAUUACUGUGCAUAAUUAUUAGGCAACUUAACAAAAAACAAAUAUAUACCCAUUUCAAUUAUUUAUUAUUACCAGUGAAACCAAUAUAACAUCUCAACAUUCACAAAUAUACAUUUCUGACAUUCAAAAACAAAACAAAAACAAAUCAGUGACCAAUAUAGCCACCUUUCUUUGCAAGGACACUUAAAAGCCUCCCUCCUAUUGCUUUAUGCUAAUGCUACACAGACUAGAAGUAAUGUGUUCUAUUUUCAUUUAGAGACAAUCCUUAAAUGACCUAUUUUAUAGAAUAAUUCCAAACAUUGUUUAUGUUAGAUGUACUUAUUUUAGUGGUAAUCUCUCUAAAAAUAGAUGUGAGUUGUAACGGGGCACCCAAAGUAUCACAGUUUGUUAUAUUGGAUGCAUGACCCAAGAGGUGAUAAAAUGUAGUAACUUGCACUUCUUUAAGCUAGUGAUGCCCCAAAACAGGUGAACACAUGCCAUUAGCAUUACUUGUUUUUUGCUGCCUAUGAGCAGUUAGUGAAGUGAAACUGAUAUAUGACUGAGACUGUACACAAACAUUUUAACUGUUUCCUUGGGUUCAUCUCAGAUAUGUUUUGCAAGUUUAUAUAUAAUUGCUAAUGGCUAGGUCUAAAAAAUGUUUUAAACCCAAUUUUAAAAUAAGUCAGAUGAGAAGAAAAAGCCAGUUCAAGACAGCUGCUUGAAGGCAGCCAUAACUCUUGCCAUAUACUAAUAGCAAAGUAUGGGGAAAAUGUAUCAAAUUAAGACGUUUUUAAUUGCCUUCCAAUAUAUCUUUGGUACUGAUUGACUGUCAAGUAUUGCUUCUAGACAGCUGUCAAGAAGAAGAAAAUCAGCACCAAGAAUACUAUCAAUGAGAUAAAGUCAGCUGUCAGCAUGAAAACUGUAAAAUAAAUAAAAAGGAUCACUAAACACAUCUGAAUCUCCAGCUCUUCACAAUGUACUGACACAUUUAUGUUAUCCCCUGGGACCUGGGUCAGGGCUGUAACAUAAGUUAAGCUCCAGCCUCCCUUCUGUGCUCUCACUCUCAUGAGUGAUACGGUCCGAGUAGUAAACACAUGGUGUAUGAGCCCAGCAGCUUAUCCCACUCCUGUUUUCACCCCAUAUUUGGUGACUUGGUGAUACAAUGAAUACAGUUAUAUAACAUGGACCUGCCUCUAUCUCCUGGCCCAUUUAUUUUCUGACCCACAAACGUUUGUGUCACAGGGUUGCCCAGGGAUUUAGUCACUCCUGUACAAAUAAUGGCAUCUUCCAGCCCAACCAAUCACAUAGGUAUUCCACUUAACGCUGUAGAAAUGUAGAUUAUGUUAAUGCACACACAUCUAUUUGAACCAGCAAGCUAGAAUUUUUUUAAUGUUAUAGUUUUUAUUUUCUGUAUGUAAGUCAAUUAAACAUCCAUGAUAAUUGUUAUGCAAGAUAACUUCUGAGUGUAGCUGAAGUUGUUUAUUUUCCCAGCGUAAGUGAAGAGCUUGCACUACACCAGGAAACAAAAAUGGCAUUAUUGUUUAAUUGUAUCUGCAAACAGCAAAACUUCCUCACUAUUUGCAGUUAUAAUGCUGCCAAGCCAGUAAUAAGAGGGAGCAAUGCAGAGUGCUGCCCUGUUUGUCACACUAAAAGGGAAAUUAAAAUGUUAAAAUAAUUCAUUCAGGGGUCAGUUGCUAGAAUGCUUUUUGGGAUAAUUCAAUUCCAACUACACAUGUAAAAAUGUUUCUGCAGUAAAAGUAGAGAUUAGAACCUGUGGAUGGACACAUGUAUAGCAUUUAUACCAUAUAAAAUGCUUUUUUGCCUUUGCAUUACUGCAAUACGAUUUCUAUAAACAGAUAAUGGCGCAGCAGUUUCGAUGGUUUCCUAAGGACUGCUUGCACCACAUUGGAAAACAUUUACUAAUUGGUCUCCCAGCAAUGUUAUGCCACUUGGUAAAUAUCAUUUUUGACAUAAAUUUGCUGGAAAGACAACUUUUAUUGCAUCAGGCUAUAGUAAAUUAGAAUUUUAAUUUGCCCACUAAAAUAAAUUUAGAUUUGUGCAUGUAUAUACUUGCUAGAAGGACCAGUCCAAUGCAAUACGUUAUGCACAUUACCAAUUACUUCGUACAUAUGCCACAACAAAAGAAUAGAUAAAUGGAGUUGAAUGAGGCAAGAUUUUGUCUCUGUCAUCCACUUACAUUGUGGAGAACAUGUUACAAACAUAUAGACACAAACUGAGAAAAAUGUUAGUAAGGAUCUUUCUUUGCGCAUUCGUAGUCUUAGCAGCCUCUAAGUACAUUCAUACUGUAGCAUAUAAUAGACAUCCUAAACCACCCAUGGAUAUUCUUGCCUGCUUCGACAAUACACAGUACCUAAAGGACUUUGUUAGUUAUUUUUCAGCCAUUAAAUAAUAGAGCAACUGCACCAUUUCCUUUUAAGGACAUCAAACCUGGUGAUCACUGCAGUUGUGUGUCUCUAAGCAACAGUGUUUGAUUGUGUGAGUUGCAAGUUACGAAAUAGCUAUCAUUACUAAGUAUAUAAACAUUGAGUUUGUGCCCAUGUGACUUCACAUUAAAAUUAAAGGUUAUGAGGGCAACAAAAGUUGUAAUAAUUUUGUUAACACUAGUAGAUAAUGGCAUAGGGAAGACUGCCCUGUGAACAGAUACCAUGUAGGCAAAAUACAGUCUGUCAGGUUAUAGUCACAUUAGCCUUUCUUCAUUAAAGAUAUCAGAUCAAAACUUAUUUUGUUUUUCUGCUCUUUUUUAAAAUUAUCAUGAAAGAGGCCUUCACUUGAUUUACAAGAAAAAAACAAGCCAUUGUUAACCCCUUAAGGAUGGAGCCAAAUGUACACGUUGUGAACAAAACAAAAUGUAAACAAAACCUGGCAUUUGCGCUACAUGUCUGUCCAACCGUAAUUCACCUCUUUCAUAGUAAAUGUACCCACCCUUAUUAUAUAUAAUUUUAUUCAGGGGAAACAGGACUUUCAUUUAAUAUCAAAUAUUUAGCUGUGAAACAUAAUUUAAUAUGAAAAACAUGGGAGAAAAUAAGAUUUGUUAAAUUUUUUUUAGUUCUACAUGACAUUUUAAUUGGCAUACCAUUUGCAAUAGUAGACAACCCAAGGUAUUGCAAAUGGGGUAUGUCCAGUCUUUUUUAGUAGCCAUUUGGUCACAAACACUGGCCAAAGUUAGCGUUAGUAUUUGUUUGUGUGUGAAAAAUGCAAAAAAGCCAAUUUUGGCCAGUGUUUGUGACUAAGUGGCUACUAAAAAAGACUGGACAUACCCUGUUUGCAAUACCUUGGGUUGUCUACUAUUGCAAAUGGUAUGCCAUCAUAGGGGUAAUUUUCAUUCUUGGGCUACCAUAGGGUCUCAAAGGCAACCUAACCAAUCUGGCAAAUUUUAAUGUGAAAAAAAUGAAACACAAGCCUUUUAUUUGAAGCUGUAACUUUUGAAAACACCAUAAAACCUGUACAUGAGGGGUACUGUUGUACUCAGGAGACUUCACUGAACACAAAUAUUUGUGUUUCAAAACAGUAAAAAGUAUCGCAGCAAUAAUAUCGUCCGUGUAAGUGCUGUUUGUGCGUGAAAAAUGCAAAAAAGUCACUUUUACUGGCGAUAUCAUCGUUGUAAUACAUUUUACUGUUUUGAAACACUAAUAUUUGUGUUCAGCGAAGUCUCCCGAGUAGAACAGUACCCCCCAUGUACAGGUUUUAUGGUGUCUUGGAAAGUUAUAGGGUUAAAUAUAGUGCUAGCAAAUUAAAUUCCCUUUACUUUCGGCAUGGGUUGUCAGGCAGGUCCCGCUAAUUGUAAUUAAUUAAGAUACCUAAUUAUGUAAAAAUAUUACAUAAAUAUAUAUGUAGAAUUAAUAUAUGUAUAUAUAUACGUAUGUGUAUAUAUAUAUAUAUAUAUAUAUAAUUUUUUAAAAAUAUUUUUAUUUAUAUAUACGUAUAUAUUUAUGUAUAUAGAUAUAUAUAUUAUUUCGUUCUACGUGUAUUUUGAUAUAAAUUUAUAUAUAUAUUAAUAUCACAAUACAGUUAGAACAAAAUAACAUACAUCUAUAUAUUUUUUUUUUUAAUUAUUUUUUAAUUUUACUUUUUAACGUAUUUACAUAUUUUUUUUUAUAUUAGAUAUAAAUAUAUAUAUACCAAUAAUUAUUUAUAUAUAUAUAUAUAUAUAUAUAUAUUUAAUCAGUAUCAGUCUACGUGUAAUUUGAUAUUAAUAUAUAUAUAUAAUUAUAUAUAUAUUAAUACUAAAAUACACCCAGACAGUGUAUGUGUGUGUAUGUAUAUGUGUAUAUAUAUACUUAGAUCAUAUAUAUAUGAUCUAAGUAUAUUAUUAUUAUUUUUUUACACAGAUUUAACUUUAAUUUAUUUUAUUUCCAGCCAGCAGGGGGGACUACCUGUCAUUACAGGCAGUCCCCCUGCUGGCAAUACAGCAGGCAGCUAACCCUGCCAUGUGAUUGUGAGGUCCUUACGUUAAGGGGUUAAAGGACAACUAUAGUCACCCAGACCACUUAAUCUCAGCAAACUGAUUUGGGCGCAAUGUCUCUGUCCUUUUAACCCAACAAUGUAAAACACUGCAAUUUUGAGAAAAUUCAUGUUUACAUGUAAGUUCAUUUCUUGUAGCUCUCAGUAUGACAGCCACUAGAGGAGCUUCUGUGGCAUCGACCGCGUAAAAUUCUGUCAUAUAAAGCGGCAGCCCCAUAGGAAAGCAUUGAUUCAAUGAUUUCCUAUGCGAAAGCUUGAAGGUGCAAGCAGCAAACACCACACAUGAACAUUAGGUCCUCAAUGCUCCUCUUGACCCUACCUCCAACAUGAUGAUGUCAGGUGAAGUGAACUAAGCAGCAUUGAGAGAGCCUCGGCAUUCGAAUUAGGUGAAUUUAGAAAAAAAGGCCUUUUAAAUCAUUUAGGUGCUGGGGGGAACAACAAUCUAAUAUCAGCCCAGACAGGGACUCUAUAGCGUUACAAAUACAGAUUCCUAACGCUCACAUGUUCCUUUAAAAUCAGUUGCACUACUUUUAGGCAUAGAUGGCUGUAUAGUUUAAAAACAAUUGUAGUAGAUUUGUGAUAGAAAUAACCUAUAGUUAAAAUUGUAAUUGAGUUUGGAAAAUGUAGUAUAUAUCCCCAAAACCUAAUUAAGUUUAUUCUAUUUUCAACCCUUGGAUAUAUGCUGGACCAUAACUUCAUCUUUUGCUGGAAAUUUAUAAAAUCACAUAUAUAAACUCCAUAGGCAGAAGUAGAUUGUUGUCCAUCUGUACAGUCUCUUGUGUUUGUGCAAAGAACACUAAUGUGCUCUUAAGUCAUAAAAAACUUGCAACAUGCAAACUUAUGAGCACAAUUCACAAAUUACUGCAAAUGUUUUUUCUUGAUGUACAUGCUGAGUUAGCUUUAGUAAAUAUGAUGGAACUGGCAAAUUACUAACAGCAGCAGCAAACCAUCUUCAAUGUUUGCGGUCAUAAUGAACCUUUCCAAUGAAAAGAGAGAGAGCUUCCAGCAUGUACCAAAAGAGCAUUUGGAAGUAGGUAGGACCAUUUUAUUUUGGGGUUGGUGUGUAUUUGUAGUGUCAGGUUUAUAUAAAAAUUAUACCAAAUACUACAAUCUACUAAAUAAAGUAUAACUACACUGGGUGGCUAUAUUUUAACAAAUUUGGACUAGUGUUUUGGGGGUGUGGGGUCGGUUUAAUUAAAAGGACACUAGAUAGGCACACAGACCACUUAAUCUAAUUGAGGUGGUCUGGGUGAAGUUAUCCUUUCCCUUGGCCUUGCAAUGCAAAACUGUAGGUUGAAGACUGCUUUUAGUGGCUGUCUCUUAGACGCUUUGCAUGAAGAUGUCCAGCGUCUUCUAAAGCAUUGAGCCAAUGGUUUCCUGUGGGGAAGCCUAAUGUGUGCGCUGAGCUCGUCGUGCAUGCGUAUAAGGUUUCCCCAAUCAAAGUGUUUGCAGGUUUAUUUAACCCUUUUAUGGACUGGGGUGUGCAAAGGCAAAAGGACACUUUGAAAAUAUAGUUUUGUAUUCCUAACACUAUAGUGCUUCUUUUAAGUAUUAUGUCCAGAGUGUUUGGGCAAUGAUUGCUCCAGUUAUUACUGGGCUAGGGGGCUUGGUGACUCUCUAGCCCCAUUAUUAUAAUACCUUGCAUCCUACAUGUUAAGGUUAAGAAAUGGGUUAGGGAACGUCAACCAGAAACGUACUACACAGCUCACAGUGUGGUGGAAUGUGUAUGGGUCCAACAAAGUAUUUGAUUUCCUCCACUUCCACUGCACAUUAUCAUGGUCUUGGAGACCCUAUAUAUUAUUUGGUUAAACCCUAUUCAGUGUGCAGCAUGUAGGGUCUGAUAAAUGCUUACCAUAUAUCUUUUACUAUAAUUUUUUUUUUUUUGGACAAAUUAAUUUUCUCUUUCAGCACCACAAAUGAAAAAUGCACAUUGUGCUGUUUUCUGCGGUGACACUGGAAAGGCUAAGUUAAACAAUGGCAUGCUUGACCAGGCAGGCUUUGCUAUGAUCCCACUAGGCAUAGAAUUUUUUUUAAUGCCUAGGAAAACUGCAACACCAUCAAGUAAAUAUCUAAUAGUGUAUGGCAAAUUUUGGAGCUUUGGUGGAGGGGAGCAGGAGGGGAGCAUGGCAGGUGAUGUGCACAAACUAGUAAGAAGCAUUUUAGUGUAAGUUUACCACAAAGUUAGAAAAAAAAAAGUGUCAGCUGCUACUAAAUCAACCCUUGUGUUUUUAUAUGGUCAUUCAUUUACUGACAGUCACUGAAUGUGCUUCAUAGCAGUUAUUUUUCGUUUUUUACCUUGUUAUCCAUCGGCAAGCCAUUUGACUGCAAAGAGAGGUUAAUUUUUUUUUCUACUCUGGAAGCUCUAGUUCCAGAUGCUGCUUUUCUGGUGAUGUUAUUACUCAUUUUAAUGGUAUUUCUUUGUAGGUUGUGUUAGUCAUUGGGCAGUCUAUCAAAUGACCCACCUUCUAAGUAAGAUCUGGCCUAAGUAGUUACUUGGUGAUAAGAUAGAAGGGAGCACCAGCAUUGGUUGUGUGGGUUCUGUUUAAUGCUAGUUUUGAUGUUUUUUUCUAAAUUUGUUAAGUGAAAAAGAAUGGCUUCACUAUGAAAGCCUUACUAAGGUUUGAUCCUUCCAAUAUGUGUGUGCAGCACGUGUAUGCCACAUGCAUUAUUAGGGUAAACCUCUGGCUUUUCCCCGGACAUAGGUUAGCCUCAAACAUGCUCAGUUGAAGGUUCGGUACAUCACUGUAUGCAGUGCUGGUCACAAAACUGUGUAUAAACCACUGCGUAUAAACUGAUAACUGCUAUUGAGCUUCUUCCUAAUCUCUGUUGCCGAAGCAUGCUUCUGCUAGUGUAACACGUUAGUAAAGUGAGGGUUUUUUUGCAUCAUUUUGUGUGCAUUUUCUAUAUGACAUUGAACACUUUUGCUUAACUAAGGGUAAAGGAUAUUGUGAAACAGCAAAAAAAAAAAUGGUAGCAAGAAAUUGUCAGAUUUUCAGUUAUAAAACAUACCUCCUUUUUAUGCCAAUAACAAUUGUUUAGAGCAGGGGUUCCCAGCCCAGUCCUCAAGUAACCCCUACCAGUCCAGGUUUUAGGGAUAACCCUGAUGUGUCUAAAGUGGUUUUGUUUUUUCUCUCUAAAAACACCUUAGACACAACUGGGUAAUCCCUAAAUCCUGCAUUGGUAGGGUGUACUUGAGGACUGGGUUGAGAAGCACUGGUUUAGAGUAUACUUCAAACAUUUACAACACCGAAGCAUUUACAUGCCCAGGUAGGCUGAGCUUGUGUUUUAUUUUCGGCAUAACAAUUAUAGAUGAAAAUAGUUGUCCCCAGACAAGAGGAACAACAUGUAAACAAAAAUAAUUAGCAUUAGAUUUCCUUUCAGUUUUAAACAUUGCUAAACUAACAUAUUAUUCCUUGACGUGUAAUAACUGAUGGAGAGGUCUCAGUUAUACAAAACGGAUUUGUAUUAUACUACAAUUAUUACUGUCUAGGAAACUAAGAGGGAGGAAUUAAGAGUCAUAUACUUUCAUUCAGCAUGCUUCUUUGGUUUAUUCCAUGUUGCAUUCUGAUUUCAAUUGCAUGUGGUUUCCCUAUUGGCUUUAGAAAAUGUCGUGCCAUCUAGGAGCAUAACAUAUGUCCAGAUCAUAGAAACCUAUAAACAAAAACAGAAGGUAUUUUGUCAAUACUUGCUAACUCAGCUAUGCUUUCUGUGUGCUUUCAACCCCCUGUCUUCUUGUAGGCAUUUUGCUACUUAAUUUGUGUACUUAUGUUUUUCAGCUAGAAUGCUAGAUAUGCUAGUUAAAGUAAAUGUGCUGGUCUUAAUAUUAAUUUUUAGUAAUAUUUUAACCAUCCAGAACAUAAUUAAUAUGGUUUAUCAUUACUCUUUAAAAUCAUUCUAAAUCUAAGUGCAGUUCCUUCAGUAUUUCUCAUUUAGUUGUUCCUUUGGGAAAUGGCUAGUGUCCCCAGAUAAUAGCUAGGUUGGGAUGUAAUGUUACCAUGGCUGUUACAUUCAGUUUCUGAUCGCUUGGGAAGAGACCACACUCCCUUGUAAAUCUGCCUUAGUCUGUCUUAACGCUUCUGCAUAUUCAUGUGAAAUCUCUACCUAAUUUACUUAAUGUCCUAUUUAUGAUUGAUGCAAAAAAUCUGUCAUAGCUAAAGUGAUAUUAGCAUAUAUCUUUCAGUAUAUUAUAUAUUCAAAAGGAGAUUGAGAUUGAAAAAAAAAAGAUCUAAAAAUAGCUCUGGUGUAAAUAUAAACAAAUAUUAUACCAAAUAUACACAAAUUUAGAGAUCUUACAAAUCUAUUAAAUCCAAAAUGAGUCCAUAAUUAAUUAGGAAAACACAGACCAACUUGUCACAGCUGGAGAAGUGUCUAACCUGGCUCUUUAAAUUGGCUUACAUAAAAGUUGUGGUGAGUAGACAGACAAUAGAAAGGAUUGAGACUUCCUUUUGGUGUAUCUAUUACUGGACACUACCUUGAUGCAAAAUAACUGAAAACAUUUUAAUAACAGGAUUACAGCUAAGAAUGUUUUACUAGAAAUGCUAUACAGUAGCAUAUUUAUUGAUGAAGCUAAAAUUAAAUUGAGAAAAUAUAGGGUUGUGCUAAUCUAAAAUCUGGAAUGCUACAGUGAAAAUUUGCAAGGGCAGCAGUGCAUUUAGAAGUAAGAAUUUCAGAGCAAUGCUCUUCCGAAACAAGAUUUGCAAAACAUAUUUUUUUCAGUAUGUAAUGUGAUUAAAGGAACACUAUAGUGCCAGGAAUACAAAUGUGUAUUCCUGACACUAUAGUUCUAAUAGUGCUGUUUAGGUCCAUGGCCCCACCCCCCCUGGCAGCAAGGUAGAAGGUGAUUUUACUCACCUUUUUCCAGCACUGUGCAGAUCUCCUUGCGGCUGGCUCUGCCUCCUUGGCUGAGAUCAAACGUGAUGAUCUCAGCCAAUCCAAUGCUUUCCCAUAGUAAGGUAUUGGUAGGCUAUCGUGCUUGUGCAGCAAAACAUUCAGCUGCACCAAUCAGCAUCUCCUCAUAAGCAUGCAUUUAAUCAAUGCAUCUCUACGAUGAAGGUUUAGCACCUUCAGGCUGAGUGUGGAGAUGCUGAAUGCCAGUGCUGUACAUUGUGCAGCACUGACUCAGGAAGCACCUCUAGUGGCCAUCUGAAUGACUGCCACUAGAUGUGUUACUAGGCAGUAAUGUAAAAAAUGCAUCUGCUCUGAAAAGGUAGAGUUUACAUUGAAAAGCCUGUAAGGACAUGCUAUAGACACCAGAACAACUACAUUAAGCUGCAAUUGUUCUGGUGACUACAGUGUCCCUUUAAGUGCCAAUAGCUUUUUCACCUUGUCUACCAAUAAAAUCAAAGUUCUGCAUCUAAAUACAGUACAGAAAAAUAUCAUAGGUCCCUAUAGAUUAUUGAAUAAUAAUAGCUUUUCUUUGGGAUCCAAGAUGUAGAUAUUUGGUUUAAUGUUCACACCAGUUCAAGUUUAAAGAUACACUAUAUUCUCCAGAACCACUACAGCUUAAUGCAGUAGCUCUGUGCCUGUCCCUGGAACCCCUCCAGUGUAACACUGCCCUUCCUGGGAACAGGCAUUGUUUACACUGCUGCCUAAAGAGACCUCUAGUGGCUGUCACACUGGCCUUCCUGGGUUCAAUCCUGCAAAGAUUGCAGGGCCAACGUUCUGCAUCUCCACACUCUGCAUAGAGACACUGAACACUACCCACAGAGAUGUAUUGACUCAAUGCAUUUCUAUUAGGAAACAUUGGAUUGGCUGAGAUCAUCAACAUUUCUCAUUCUGGGAGGCAGGGCAGGCAAGAUGACGGAAGAAAGGUGAGUAAAACUUUUCUUGGUCGAUCUAGGGGGGUCCAAUAAUCUAAUUAGGUAGGGUACACAAUAGCAUUAGGAAUACAUGUUUAAAUUCCUAAAUGUAUAGUGUUCUUUUAAUAUUUUGAGUGUAUAACCUAUACAUUUUUGUGGUCAGUCAUGUAACUUCAGUGCCUCCUCUGAUAGCGAUGUGAUAACAAGGGAUUGGAGAGAGAAGAUGAGCUUGUCCACUUUUGAAAGUCAAUUGUGAUGAAGAAUGUCAACAACUUGAACUCUAACAAUUGUAUUUUUCAUUUCCAGAUCAUACUGAAAUAA